AUGGCCGCCGCAAUGCGCACUUGCGCUGAGCCGCAAGGACCGCAGGACAGAACGGUACCCGGUAAAAGGAAGGAGCCUCAGACCUUAGGCUACAACAAAGCAACAGAAACAGUCGGAAAAUAAACAAACCAACUAAAUGUCUGAGGGGAGGGGGCUGGGGGGUGAGAGAGAGAGGGAGGUUGCAGGGAGUGAGAAAGGAAAAGGAGCAACAAUGCUCCUAUAAGGAGAAAAUAAAAUGGGAUAAAAAACAGUGGAAAGAAAACAGUAAUAUAAUAUAUAUAAAUACAGUAAUUACAAAUUGUCCGAAUUAAGACGGAGAUAUGAAAAAUUGAACUUACCUGAGGAGGCAGCAGCAAGGAAAGAGGAGUGGCUUAAGGUCACAUGGGGCAUUAUUGUGCUAGGAACACUCUCAUUGGAUAACAUGUUAUAUGUGGUUAACCCUCUAGGGUACAUGCUAUUUUGUUUUACUUUGAAUAUCUACAAUAUUCUUUCUUUGCUGCUGAGGAAUAAAGAAAGAGAUUAAGCAUAACAUGAGCCUCCGUGUCCUUUAUUAAAAUUGGCGAUUUUCUUCUACUUAAUCCACCAUAGUAUAAUUGUGCCUUCUCUAUGAACUCAAUUUGUUUUCUGGGAUGAAUCAGAAAUAAUGUCACUUCUCGUGCAAUGUACUGUUCUUGACAGGAGUGUGCAUGUUUAUAAUAGUGUGAGUAUAUUUGAAUGUAUUUAUUAAUUUGAAUGUGUUUUUUUAUGUAUAUCUAUCUAUCUAUCUAUCCAUCCUUCUAUCUAUCUUUCCUGGAAGAUCUUAUAGUAGCAGUGUAAUCAAAUGAAAUCUAGCCAUUUACUAGACAUGUGGGUAGUGAACUAAUAUACAAUAUAACAGUCUUCAGUCAUGGGAAAAGAAAGUACACCUUCUUUGAAUUCUUUGAUUUUAUAUAUAAGGACAUAUUAACAAUCAUCUGUUCGAUAGCAAGUCUUAAAAUUAGGUAAACACAACCUCAGAUGAACAACAAUGCAUGACAUAUUACACCAUAUCAUGAUUUAUUUAACAAUAAUAAAGCCAAAAUGGAAAGCUAUGUGUGAAAAAGGUAUACCUUACUGCUUCCAUAGGAAUUAAGAGGCUACGUAGCAGACAGGUGCUGCUAAUCAAAUGUCCUUGAUUAAUUGAUCAUCGGCAAAUUUAACGACCACUAUAAAAGCCAAAGUUUUAGUAGCUUGCUGGUCUGGAGCAUUCAGGUGUGUGUUAACACAAUGCCAAGGAGGAAAGACAUCAGCAAUGAACUUAGAGAAGCAAUUCUUGCUGCCCAUCAAAGGAACGGUUAUAAGUCCAUUUCCAAACAACUCAAAGUCCAUCAUUUUAAAGUGAGAAAGAUUAUUCAAAAGUGGAAAACAUUCAAGACAGUUGCCAAUCUUCCCAGGAGUGGACGUCCCAGCAAAUUCAUCCCAAGGUCAGACCCUGCAAGGCUCAGAUAAAUUACAAAAAAAACAAGAGUUACAUCUCAGACUCUACAGGCAUGUUAAAUGUUCAUGACAGCACAAUUAGAAAAAGACUGAAAAAGUAUGGUUUGUUUGGAAGGGUUGCCAAGGGAAAGCUAAGGCUUAGGUUUACAAAGUUGCAGCUAAACAAACCGCAAGAAACAAUGUCAUUUGGACAGAAAUGGAGAUGUUUGGCCAUAAUGCGCAGCACCAUGAUUUGCAAAAACCAAACACAGCAUAUUAGCACAAACACCUCAUACCAACUGUCAAGCAUGGUGGUGGAAGGGUGAUAAUUGGGGCUUGUUUUGCAGCCACAGGACCUGGGAACCUUGCAGUCGUUGAGCUGACCAUGAACUCUUCUGUACACCAAAGUAUUCUAGAGUAAAAUGUUAGGCCAUCUAAAGCUUGGCCAAAACUGGGCCAUGCAACAGGACAAUGAUCCCAAGCACACCAGCAAAUCUAGAACAGAAUAGCUGAAAAAGAAAAUAAUCAAGGUGUUGCAAGGCAUCUUAAGGUGUUUUUGUUUUUCACACAUGGCUUCUCCAUUUUGGCUUUAUUCUUGGUAAAUAAACCAUGAUACAAUGUAAUAUGUCAUGUGUUGUUGUUCAUCCGAGGUUGUAUUUACCUCAUUUUAAGACCUGUUAAGGAACAGAUGAUUGUUAUAAUGUGCUGAUAUGUAAAACCAUAAAAGUCAAAAAGGAAAACUUUUUCCUUUGUACUUCAAUAAAAUAUAUAUAUAUUCCAUGUUAGGUACAGAUACACUUUUAGAGAGGUUGAGAGAAAUCUAAUAAGCUAUGCUUUCAUGUUUUGGUUUACAUAGCUCUGUUUUGGGUCUAUCACAGGUGGACAAUGCACAUAAAAAAUAUUUAUCAUACAAAAAAAUGGGAAUUUGAUAAACUAUAGCUUUUAUUGAUCUAAUUUUAUUGAGUAAAUUAAAUUUCCUUACAUAUAUUUCAAUUUCUUAUAAUUAUAAUUUACUUACUAAUUAAUAAAAGUUAUAUUUUAUCGAAUUCUCCUACACCACUUCUUUUUUUUAUAGUUAAUUUUGAUGGUACUAUAUUUAUAGCUAAUUUUCUGCCCUUGAACCAUUAAAACCAUCUGUUCUGUUUUAUAUUUUUUUGUGACAGGUUUGAUUGAUAUUACAAGUGAAUCUGAAUUUGAUGGAAUUUACUCCCAGACAUCAAACUUUGAUCCAACAUAUGACCCUAGUAAUAUGGAUGAAAAGCUACUUUUCAUGGACUACGCUGAUAGCAUGACAAUAAAGAUGACUUGUUUCACUGUUCAAGUCCAGCGACUUAAAAACCUCUUUGUGUAUGAGGGAUCUUAUCUUCUCUCUAAUGUAAUAAAACUCACAGAGGAAUUCCUUGACCCUGUAGUGUACCAGCGACUCCAGCAAAGACUUUCUGAACAUCAAAAGUUGGUGAAAGGGAAUCUUGAGAAGAAACUGGAAAUACGCAAAAAUAUUGCAUAUCUAAAACUGAUCAGCUUCCUUGUUCCUUUUCUUCUGGGACUGAAAAAACAGCUGAAAGUACCAGAUUUAAGUUGUCUCCUGCAACCUUUUUCAGGUGUGUAAAAUGCAAUAGACUACUAGACUGUACCUAGAGAUUUCCAAAGAGAUUUGGACUUGAUUGAUAAUUAUGAGGUCCUAAUAAGAGAAAAUAUAGGUACCCUUGUUAUCAGUCCCUGUUUCCGCCCACAUAGGACAUCUUUUCCAUAUUUUUGCAGCCUGCUACAGAAUUAAGUAUCGAAUUGAGGUGACAUGUGAAGCUGUGUUUCAUUCAGAGUGUUUAGUGGUGUCACUCAAAAUCUUCUCCUGGAAGCUGUUGCAAACAUGUAUUUACCUCAAUAGACAGAUUAUUUUCUCCAAAAGGUUGGGAGAGACUAAUUUCAACAGGUUAUGGUAUUUAGAAUGCUCCGUUAAGAAAAGAAAACAGGAGUUGUUUUUUUUUUUUGUUUUGCAGAUGAUAAAGUCAAGACUGAAAGGGAACUUCCCCCACUCAUGCUAGGACAAGAUUUUAAGUGCCAACACUUUAGGUACCCACCAAAUACGUUCUUUCACCUCCAUGGGGGAAUUGAGCUUGAUCUGGGAACUCCUUCACUUGAACCUGUAUCUGAAGAAAUUAAGGUUUGACACGCAUAUUUUUAUGGAUUAUUUAUAUUAUGAUGCCUUGCAUUUAAUAAAAUGUGCACUAUUAAAUUAGUUAUAAUGGUAAUUUUAUCUGUAAUGCUAUAAUUACAUAUAUACGCACACAUUUUGUCAGCUUAUGUAGCAAACACACUCUCAAGAAGCAAACACAGAAAUAUAGUGACAACACAUUUUCUGUGUAAACAAUGCACAUAUCCACAUAUGCUGUAGGCUACACAGACUUUUCCAUCACACACAUAGAUGCACAGAAAUUAUUUCUGGAUCUUUAAUGGCUAAACACCACUGUGUGUAUUCUGGAUUGGGUUCCCCAACUUCCUGCUGUGAUCUCUGAAAUUCUUCCAGUGUCUGGAUCUCUAUUUGUAGGGUUUGGUAGGUAAUCAUGGUCACUUAGUCCAUAGUUAACAUAGUUGUUCCCGGACUAAUGCUUUUAUAGAAACGGAGAUGUGGAGGGCUUGAGUAAAACCUUCAAUAUCUUGUCCAACAUGAGGAUAAGCACUGGCAAAGACAAUGAUGAACAAGAUCAAAUAUGUUUCAGGAAGGGUUUUCCUAGAGCUAGAAUGAUCAGCUAACAGUGUUUCUGCACAAAUAAAAUCAAUAAACAAUGUAAGGACAUAGAGGAGGAUAUGUAGUUCUUUAUCUUACACAAUGAAGUACCUUUGUAGGUCCUAAUUUCCUUUAUUUGUCUUUCGUGCUGACAAGCUUUGGCACAAUACUCUUCUCGGAGGCAGUUUCAUUUUUUUGCUUUCAGUUUCUCGCUGCCUUCCAUGCUAAAAAAUCCUCGUUCGUUAGUCACAAUACAAUUAGACAGGAGGAGGUGGCAUUGUGAAAGCCAAAAUUAGAUACCAGUCAGUAGAAAAGAAUACCUCUAGAUGAAGGAAGAAAAAUAGGACUAAAAUCUUUAGUACUUCAAGCACUGCAGGCUAAAAUACUACAUAUAGGCCACAGGCCGGAUUCAUGAACACAAGGGGCUGUGUGUUUGACACCACUGCAGUUAACAGUGAAAAUACCAUCAAUAUUUUAAAAGUUAUCUGGAAAAGUUGGAUAAAAAUAGGUCAAUGAGCUUUACCUAGUCUGUUUCUUUAACCCAAUUUUUUUCAAUUUGCAACAGUUAACUUGUUUCUCAUAUGUUUGAGUCUUCUUUUUUAGGCAGCUUAUGAAGAAAUAGAGAACACAGCAGUGAGUCAUCUUAAUAAUCUCCUAGAUCUGGAUACCACGUACAUAGAAUAUUACCCCAUUCCCACUAUGGCAUUUAAUGGACUGAGGCAAGUAAAAUACUGCAUGUCUUACCACAAUGUGUAUGUUUGUUAUGCAAAAUGUGCACUGAAAAGCAGGAAAUAGUACAUAACCAUUUUUAAUCCUAGCAUGAUUAUUCCUGAUUUUGUUCAUAAUUCCUGGUGGGCUAUAUAUGUAAAAUUAGAAUAAAAUGGAACAAUAAUAGUGUAGACUAGGCAUGUGCAUGGGGAAAAUUUUCGGUUCGGUUCGGCAUUCCGAAAUUCGGGACUUUCGCAAUUCGGGACUUCGGCAAUUCGGCACUUCAACACUUCGGAACUUCGGCACUUUGACAUUUCGGAAAUUCGACCACUUCGGAACUUCGGCAUUUUGGAAUUUCGGGACUUCGGCACUUCGGGACUUCAUUUGCAGCCGCUUAGUAGAUAACUCCCUAAUUCCCACGGUAUUAGGGAGUUAUCUACCAAAAGGCUGAAAGACCUAAAUUGGUCUUUCAGGUAAUUUUACUAAUACUAAAUAAAAAUUACUUAGUAUUAGUAAAUUUUGCCCCUACUCGCUAUACCGCGAGUAGGGGCAUGUCUAGUAAACAGUGAGCAGCCAGGGGUGGGGGCAGGGGGGGAGGACAAUAGGUCCCCCCCCUAUUGGUAUUUAGGGCCCCCACCCACCGCUCAGGGGUGGGGGCCAGGGGGGAGGACAUUAGGCCCCCCCUAUUAGUAUUUAGGGCCCCCACCCACCGCUCAGGGGUGGGGGCCAGGGGGGAGGACCUUAGGUCCCCCCUUAUUAGUAUUUAGGGCCUCCACCCACGGCUCAGGGGUGGGGGCCAGGGGGAAGGACAGUAGGUCCCCCCCUUAUUCCAAUUUAGGGCCCCCACCUGCGGCUAAGGGGUGAGGGCCAGGGGGGAGGACAUUAGGUCCCCCCUUAUUCCAAUUUAGGGCUCCCACCCGCUUAGGGGUGGGGGCCAGGGCGGAGGACAUUAGGUCCCCCCCUUAUUAUAAUUUAGGGCCCCCACCCACCGCUCAGGGGUGGGGGCCAGGGGGGAGGACAUUAGGUCCCCCCCCUAUUCUGAUUUAGGGCCCCACCCACCGCUCAGGGGUGGGGGCCCGGGCUGAGGACAAUAGGUCCCCCCAUUAUUUUACAUUAGGGCCCCCACCCGCUGCUUAGGGGUGGGGGCGGUGGGGCAAUAGGCAGUACUGAUGAUGCCUAACAAGGCUGAAAAAAUCGUCUGGGGGUGUUGCUGUAUUUUUCGUGCAGAGAGAACAUGCUGGCAUUUUGAAUCUGGACUGCCCGUAUGGGUGGGCCCAGUCUGAUAUGCUUCAGAUAUGUUCUCUCUGUAAUGGCACAAGAUCAGCUAAAACCAGCUUGAGUUCUGAGCGGGGACCCAACGAAGGGCAGGCUAUUUUAGCUGCUGUCCGUUCUCAGAAUACUCUUGCGACUCAUUUUUUGCUCUCCAUUAGUUUAAAGGGUAAUCCAGACGUGGACCCCUUGCUCACGGUGCCUAGAGAGAUAUCAGCUAUGCUUCACUGAUGAUGCCUAACAAGGCUGAAACGAUCAUCUGGGGUGUUACUGUAUCUCUCGUGCAGAGAGAACUUGCUGGCAUUUUGGAUCUGGACUGCCCGUAUGGGUGGGACCAGUCUGAUAUGCUUCAGAUAUGUUCUCUCUGUAAUGGCACAAGAUGAGCUAAAACCAGCUUGAGUUCUAAGCGGGGACCCACCGAAGGGCAGGCUAUUUUAGCUGCUGUCCGUUCUCAGAAUACUCUUGCGACCCAUUUUUUGCUCUCCAUUAGUUUAAAGGGUAAUCCAGACGUGGAUCCCUUGCUCACGGUGCCUAGAGAGAUAUCAGCUAUGCCUCACUGAUGAUGCCUAACAAGGCUGAAACGAUUGUCUGGGGUUGCUGUAUCUCUCGUGCAGAGAGAACUUGCUGGCAUUUCGGAUCUGGACUGCCCGUAUGGGUGGGACCAGUCUGAUAUGCUUCAGAUAUGUUCUCUCUGUAAUGGCACAAUAUGAGCUAAAACCAGCUUGAGUUCUGAGCGGGGACCCACCAAAGGGCAGGCUAUUUUAGCUGCUGUCCGUUCUCAGAAUACUCUUGCGACCCAUUUUUUGCUCUCCUUUCCGUUUAUACAGGGAGUGCAGAAUUAUUAGGCAAGUUGUAUUUUUGAGGAUUAAUUUUAUUAUUGAACAACAACCAUGUUCUCAAUGAACCCAAAAAACUCAUUAAUAUCAAAGCUGAAUAUUUUUGGAAGUAGUUUUUAGUUUGUUUUUAGUUUUAGCUAUGUUAGGGGGAUAUCUGUGUGUGCAGGUGACUAUUACUGUGCAUAAUUAUUAGGCAACUUAACAAAAAACAAAUAUAUACCCAUUUCAAUUAUUUAUUAUUACCAGUGAAACCAAUAUAACAUCUCAACAUUCACAAAUAUACAUUUCUGACAUUCAAAAACAAAACAAAAACAAAUCAGUGACCAAUAUAGCCACCUUUCUUUGCAAGGACACUCAAAAGCCUGCCAUCCAUGGAUUCUGUCAGUGUUUUAAUCUGUUCACCAUCAACAUUGCGUGCAGCAGCAACCACAGCCUCCCAGACACUGUUCAGAGAGGUGUACUGUUUUCCCUCCUUGUAAAUCUCACAUUUGAUGAUGGACCACAGGUUCUCAAUGGGGUUCAGAUCAGGUGAACAAGGAGGCCAUGUCAUUAGAUUUUCUUCUUUUAUACCCUUUCUUGCCAGCCACGCUGUGGAGUACUUGGACGCGUGUGAUGGAGCAUUGUCCUGCAUGAAAAUCAUGUUUUUCUUGAAGGAUGCAGACUUCUUCCUGUACCACUGCUUGAAGAAGGUGUCUUCCAGGAACUGGCAGUAGGACUGGGAGUUGAGCUUGACUCCAUCCUCAACCCGAAAAGGCCCCACAAGCUCAUCUUUGAUGAUACCAGCCCAAACCAGUACUCCACCUCCACCUUGCUGGCGUCUGAGUCGGACUGGAGCUCUCUGCCCUUUACCAAUCCAGCCACGGGCCCAUCCAUCUGGCCCAUCAAGACUCACUCUCAUUUCAUCAGUCCAUAAAACCUUAGAAAAAUCAGUCUUGAGAUAUUUCUUGGCCCAGUCUUGAUGUUUCAGCUUGUGUGUCUUGUUCAGUGGUGGUCGUCUUUCAGCCUUUCUUACCUUGGCCAUGUCUCUGAGUAUUGCACACCUUGUGCUUUUGGGCACUCUAGUGAUGUUGCAGCUCUGAAAUAUGGCCAAACUGGUGGCAAGUGGCAUCGUGGCAGCUGCACGCUUGACUUUUCUCAGUUCAUGGGCAGUUAUUUUGCGCCUUGGUUUUUCCACACGCUUCUUGCGACCCUGUUGACUAUUUUGAAUGAAACGCUUGAUUGUUCGAUGAUCACGCUUCAGAAGCUUUGCAAUUUUAAGAGUGCUGCAUCCCUCUGCAAGAUAUCUCACUAUUUUUGACUUUUCUGAGCCUGUCAAGUCCUUCUUUUGACCCAUUUUGCCAAAGGAAAGGAAGUUGCCUAAUAAUUAUGCACACCUGAUAUAGGGUGUUGAUGUCAUUAGACCACACCCCUUCUCAUUACAGAGAUGCACAUCACCUAAUAUGCUUAAUUGGUAGUAGGCUUUCGAGCCUAUACAGCUUGGAGUAAGACAACAUGCAUAAAGAGGAUGAUGUGGUCAAAAUACUCAUUUGCCUAAUAAUUCUGCACUCCCUGUAUAAGCCUAUUGUCUCCAUUGUAUCAAGUUUGAUCCAUUAUUUUAACUUGAAUGGCUGUAAUUUGCAGUAAUCCUUGUGAAGUGAAUUGUUACUUGGGAAGAAAGAUGAGUGUCUUGGUCAUUGAAUAAGAGGAAAAAUUAUACUGUUCGAGACUACUUUAUUGUUGUAGAAUACAAAAUGUAAUUUACUGUACACACCGUACGUAAUAAAUACAUCAAAUAUACAUCUGUAUGGAGAUUAAUAUUUCUGGAGAGGAAAUCAAUGACAUCUCUGAUCUUGUUUUGUGUUUCUUUCUAGUUAUUAUGCCAUUGCAAUCAAGCUUGAAAACUUCUACCAGACAACACUCAGAAAUAAGUGGUGGGGAGCCAUAGGUGGAAUAAUAAGCAAUUUAAAACCUAAAAGACUUCCACUGACUGACAUACAACUCCAUGAGCAAUUUAAGAAGAAGUUUGGUUAUAGGAAAGCUAUUAAAUGCAAGGUACACUCUAUGAAAGGUUGGGGUUCUUUAACAUACCUGUUGCUUAAACAUCAUAUGUUAUCCAUUGUGAUGUUUAAAGGAGGUUGAUGGGUCUGAAUAUAAAUUACUGUAAGCAAGCUUGAUGCUUUGUCCAUGUGUAUGACUGCCUCUUCGUGAAAAUGGCUGUUCUAUUGACUCAUAUAGCGGAGGUAAGUGUGCUUGUGUUUCCCUUUGCUGCACAGCACAACCUUGUAAAUAUUUAAGAAACAUUUACUUGCUAGAAGCAAUGGCUGUCAGUUAUAAUUCCCAAGUAAGAUUCUAUUUCCACUCUGCUUCUGCAUCACUGAAGUGAGGUGAUAUCAUGGCACAUCAACCACAACAUUACUCAGUUCUCCAUUACUAAUGGCUCUACUGUAGACACAGACCAAGUUCCACCUUAAAAGGAUCUGCAUGAUAGUGGUUGCACAUACACCAUAGAUAUGCCAUCAGCUGGCCACAAGAGGGAUGGCACAUUAUCUAAACUAAGAUCAGAAAAACCUGUAUUCAGUUUAACCUCUAACCUUUGUUUGCUUUUCAGAAUCUAUCAUUUGGUUUAAAAUCUGCUGCAGAGAGAGGACUAGCUGCAAUCUUUCAUACGUUUUGCCGUAAAACACCAAAUUCCAGGCUCAAUGUUAUAGAUGAAGUUGGCUAUGCUCUUAUCCAUCAUGCAGCUAUACACAAUCGUGUGUCUGUUGUUUCUCAGAUAGCCAAAAUUGGUUUGAAUCUGAAUCAAAGACGCAGUGAUCAUUUUACAAGUCAAGGUAAUAUACACAAUCACAUUAUGGCAAUGCAAAUCUAAUAAUUGUCUUUAGAAGGAAAUAUUGUUGUGGCCAAGGAUAGCCUAUCAGAAACUAGAACCCUUUUUGCAGCAAGACAGCACAUCCUUACAAUCAUGACCAGUAUGAGGACUUGGGAUUGGGUGCAGGUUUCUAGCAGGUCAAACUGGUUCCAUUGGGGCCUUAAAAAUUUUAAGAGAAAUCCUGAGUGUUAAGUUCGAUAAAGGGGUCAGCAGAAGCCACGACAGCCUGAAGAUCAGGGCAGGUAUGUUGAAAUCAUAGUCAGAUCAAGAAAUCCACAAGACUGAUGUGGGAAAAAAAUAUAAUUUAAACAAUUUUAAUGCAAUAUUAAAAUUAUCACCUCUUCGGUGGUAUUUUGUGUAUUUCUUAUUCAUGGGUCCCCUACCAGAGGCCUGGAAGUCUGAGGGUUUUAGCAGUUCCUAGAAUUGGCUCCAGUGGUUAUGAUGGUUGCAGUGUUCUUUUAAAGGAAAACUAUAGCUCCAGGAAAACAAACCUGUUUUCCUGGCACUAUAGCUUCCCCCUCUCUCAAGGCCCCCCACGCCCCUGUGGUGAAGAAGGGGUUAAUUACCUGAGUCCAGCGCCAAUGCCGCUCGGAGAUGGCUCGGCUCCGCCCACGCUUCUUCCCCACCAACAUCAGCUGGCUGGGGAGACCUAAUAUGCAUACGCUCGCAUUAGGAUCUGCUUAUAGGAAAGCAUGAUUCACUGCUUUCCUAUGGGGAUUUCGGUGACGCUGGAAGUCCACAUGCAUAACGUGAGGACUUCCAGCUUCAUUUAGAUGACCAAAAGUCGCCUUCGAUCCCCUAAGUCCCUCUAGUUACUGUCUCGUAGACAGCCACUAGAGGAGGAGUUAACCCUAACAGGUAAUUAUUGCGGUGGCGGGACCGGUGCUUGUUCGUGAAUUGCCUGUCUGUUAUUAUGUGUGUUUCCCCAUGUCUUUGUGUUUUCUGCCCGCUCCCCUCCUACGAAGGGAAUUCAUUCGCCUCCCAAACGAGGACCACCCCGAUAUCCCAUUUAGAAUUUUAGUUUAGAACAUUCACACCUCACAACAUGGUGUAAAACUGCAAACCGCAAGUGAAACAAUUAAUGAGCACUCUGCUGGCUUGCCGCCAUUGGUACAGAUGAACGCCAGCCAGCGGGAGCAUUCGUGGGUUGUUUCCCGACUCGUUUGUUUUCCGAAUGAGGACCUCCCCAGUGCCGCAUUAAAACGUUCACUUCAAUUAAUCAGUGCUCCCCUGGGUGGCCGCACAGACGAAUGCCGUCCAGGGGGAGUGUUCAUGUCCAGAAAGCAUUUCUUAAUGCUUUCCUAUGGACGUUCUGCACGCUGGAUGCGAAAUUCGCAGAAGCGCCUCUAGCGGCUGUCAGGAAGACAGCCACUAGAGGUUGGAUUAACCCUGCUAUGUUUACAGUGUUUAAAUUUACAUUAAGCUGAAGUGGUCUGGGUGACUAUAGUGUCCCUUUAAAUAAGGUAUAUUUAAAACUUAACUUUUAUUUUAGAGACAAUAUUUAAAAGACAAAAUAGAACUAAAAAAAAACAAGGGAUAACAAGGGAUAACAAAAUACACAAAAAUUCUAUCUGUGACUUCGAAGGCACCUGUAAAAGUCCAUGGCAAGUAUCUAACUAAAUGCAAUAAAUAUUCAAGUACUGUCUAUGCCUUCAAGGGCACCUGCAAGUUUAACAAAGAAGGUGUCUAAGCUAGCACUACUAUCUGGAAAGAAAUAAAUGUCUGAAAUCUGUUGGGCACUCUAAGUGUUUAAUAUAUCGUAGAGAUGGUCCUGUAUCAGAAGUAGCUAAAACAGGACCAGGCAUCGGUAGGAGUCCUGAUUCUGUCUGGUAGACAGCCACUAGACGAGGAGUUCACCCUAGCAGGUAAUUAUUGCAGUUUAUAAAAACUGCAAUAAUUACAUGCUCGGGUUAAGAGUGAUGGGACAUUGCACCCAGACCACUUCAAUGAGCUGAAGUCGUUUUGGGGGCCUACAGUGUCCCUUUAAUAACAUGCCCUAAUAUAACCACCAUAAUAACCACCAUAAUAAGUGAGGCAUUGAAGCUAGACAGGAAUCCAUGCAUAUUCUGAGUCGUUUAUAAAUAAAAACAUGGUUUAUUUUGACAGUAACUUUAAGUGCUUUGGGGGGCUCUGCGCUAUUAUUGCAUUUCCUGACAUUUCCUGCUGUACUAUUAACCUUGAAUUUAACAGUUCCACUAUAAUGAAUGCAACAAUGCUAUAAUACUGUUCAUUUUUUUUUUCUAGGAAGAACAGGUUUGGGUGCUGUAGCAGAAAGAACAGGUACUAUUCUUUUAUGGUUUUGUUUGCAGGUAAUUAAAGGAGAACCAUCACAUUUUAAUAUUAUUUUUACUUAUCCCUAAUAUUAAAAAAAUCUCCAAAUUCUGAAGCUGUCUUUACUGCUGUUCUGUUACUGAUCAUGUCCAUCUUGGUUAUUGUUAUAAGCUCCGCCCUUUAAACCCAUCAAUCAGCGUAGAAAAAGCAUGCAGCCAGGAGGAGAAUCACAAACAUUGUCUGUUUCACCUUCUCCAAUGCAAUGUGUGUGCACGGACUGUGGAUUUAGGUGGAUUGUGGUGUUAGUUGCUAAAUCUUUAAUAUGCAUCAAAUGUAAAACAAGGUUAACAAAUUAUAUCUGGUUUUCAAUAUUCAAUGCAGUCAUUUUAGAAAAGUGGUGUUGCCUUUGAAAUCUCUCAUUUAAACAUGUAUUUCUAACAUUAGAGUCCUUUUCUACCUGGUUAGAUUUUUGGCCCCCCAAAAGUAAAAGAAAGUAUUUUGACUUCCCUUUAGUCCCUUGCAGCUGCCAUUCUGCCACGGCUGAGAUAAUGACGAUGAUCUCUGAUUUUCCAGUGCUUACCAAUAGGGAAGCAUUUGGGGGGCUACUCCACAUAUGUGGUUUAUUGGCUCAGUGCAUCUCUAUGCUGAGUGUUCAGGGCAUGAAGAUGCCGAAUUGAAUGCAACAGAAAGCACCUGUGGGAUAGCGGUGUACAUAGGAAGCAGUGGUGUCCAUAGGAAACAAUGUAAAACCUGGGUUUUUUUUGUCUCUUUGCACCAGAACUAUUACAGUAAACUGUAGUGUUUCUGGUGCUUAGGGUGUCUCUUUAAUGUUAACUACAGUAGCCAAAGACAAAUCACAAAAAACAUGUUCAGUCAGAUUAAUAUUUAAUCAGUACAUCUGCAAACAUAUGUGAAUUGUGUAAUCUCCAAAUAUUUUUUUUUUAAUCUUCUUAUUUUAAAGAAAAUUUGUUUGUAUAUCUUUGUUAUUUGACUUUUAUUAAUUUAAGGAACACUAACUGGCAUUAUAAACAGAUUUAGUUAUUUAUAAAAAUUAGAAUUUUCUGUGGGCUAUUUGGGUUACUGGGCUUUCUUCUCAAAUGAAAAGAUGACUUACCUGUAAUCCAGCAGAGUAAUCCUUACUGCAGUUGGUUUCCGCAUCUGGGAGCUGAAUACUAAUCUCCUGGCCAAUCCAAUACUUCUCAUAGAGAAACAGUGAGAGGCAUGGCACAUUCAAUGGCAAUUCAGUCCAAUGCUUCUCUAUGAGAGUCUUGUAUCUACUUUGAGCGAGUGCUUAAAGCAUACAAGGAAGGGCACCCUCCUCACUGUUUGAUUGACAGCUACAAGAGUACCAACCAGCACCUUUGUAAAAAUGACAACUUCUCUUGAAACUAGCACUUUUAUAAAAUUAUAAAAAGAGGACACUCUGUUAACCUAUAGGGCUAGUGCUUCGGGGUUGUUCCUUGAAAUAGCAAAUCAAAAAACAAGUCUCAACAAUUAAACAAGAAUGCAUAACUAGGCAUUAUUUCUACCUUUAGGUGUAAAUUCAACACAUUGAGAUUUCAGUCUACUAUUUAAUAAAUUGUCCCAGUCAUCUUUCUGUUUAUAUUGAUUAAUGUGUUACUUCUUCACUUUCCAUCCUACAAAUAUGAUAUGAACUGGUUUAGGGGUAGGAACUGUGACAACCAAUCCUUUGCAUUAAUCAUUACAAACAUUGCAUCAUAUAACCAAUACACGUUGAAUAUUUGAUGUGCAUGAGUUUGGGUAUUUAACUAUUGGUUGCUCAGUAUGCCAUAUUCUUUAAUGAUGUUAUCAUUGUAUAACAAAGCUGUGUCUCUUGGCUGUAGGACCAACUGCUUUGCACCUGGCAGCACGAUGUGGGUCUUUAGAAGUGCUGUCGUGCCUUCUGGCAUUAAAAGCUGAUUAUCUAAUACACGACAAGCGUGGCUGGCUACCAAUACAUUUUGCAGCCUUCUAUGGUACCAUACCCUGCAUCAGAGCUCUGUGCAGGAAGGACCCAGCUCUCUUGGAGAUUGAAACAGUAUCUAAGUAAGUUUUGUGCCAUAUGGACAGCCAUUUGUUUUACAAGUAACUGAAAAUGAAAACAAAAUCAGACUGAGCUACUAUUACCAAUACUUCUAUAGACAUAUUCUGUCAAAUUUUUAAAACUGUCUGAAAAUACAGAAUAGGGUUAGUGUCAAGUCGACAAAAUAAAAUCUUGAUUUUUUUUUUGUGUCUGUGCUAAAAUAUAAAAAAUAAAGGAUUCUUGAGUGUUGUUAUGGGUAUGUACAUGUAAUGCAGAAAAUAAGGCUUCCACAUAUGAGAUAUUUGAUUGGGUAGGUCAAAUUCCUGCAGUUGUAAGCAGCAGACAGACAACUACAGAGAGAAUUCAAUGUAUCAUAAUCUACUCAAUGAUCAUAGACAAUUAUGGUCCUUGGAAUUUCCUGUAAUAAACAUUGUUUUUCUUCAGGACUUAUAGCUAUUUGUGAUGUAGGGCUCAUUAAAUAAAAUUCUAAAAUAAAUUCCAGCUUUUUUAUUUAUUAUUAUUAUUAUUAUUAUUGCCAUUUAUAUAGCGCCAACAGAUUCCAUAGCUUUAUGACUUGAUAGGUCUCCUGGCUAUGGAUAUAUUGAUUUUCUGUGUUCCUAUCUUUAUUGAGUGAUUAUAUUAUUAUUAUUAUUAUUAAACAUCAUAGUCCAAAAAUGUAUUUUAUGUAGUUAAUUUUUCUGCUAUUUUCCCCUAGAUAUCAUUCCACUCCAUUGUUGCUCACGGCCAUUUCUGGAUCACUUGAUACCCUUCAGUACCUUUUCUCCAUUGGCGCUAACUGGAAAAAAAUAGAUAGCAUGGAGAACAAUAUAAUUCACUUAGCAGUCCUGUAUUUUCACACACACAUCUUGAAAUACAUUAUUGAAUUAAACAUACAGGAGCUCCAUGUGUGGCAACACCUUGUAGGUAAGUCACAUUACUUAUAGAAUCAGCCUCACUUGUACAAACAUCUGUUAGUUAAAAAGGAUAGUUACAUAUUUCAUCUCCCCCCACCCAUUCUCUCUUUGGAACAAUCGUCUCUUCUGCUCUCCUUCUUCCCUCUUUCCAUCCCUCACUUCUUUACACUCUCCCACAUUAUUCAAAAAACAUUCUUAGGUCGCAAGCCCAGCAAUAGCCCAUACGCAAUUGCCAGACAACGACAGAUAUCUUGCUAUUUGAUAGUAAGUAGAAAACAUUAGAUAACUCUCUCCACGCACUAACCAAGAGCUAUGUUGGCUGAAUUACCACAAGGUAACCCCAAGGGAACAGCUACCUUCACAAUAUUAUUUUAAUUGUUAAGAUACAAUACUUAUCAAUGUGCUACAAUAAUUAAACCCGAUUUUACACGUUGAUUCGAUGUAAUAUAGAUUGUUGGUGUAUUACGCAUUUUUUAUUUUAAAUGUCUAUAUGCCUAUGUAAUGUUUUGCCUACUGCCUAAGACAAAUUAAAGAAUGUACAUUUAAAAAAAAGAAUAGUCAUAUAGUUCCAUAGUCCUUUGAUCAUUUUCCUGUUGAGGAUGGACGCAUGUCUAUUCUAAGUGCUGUUGAGCUCUUUCUAUAUAUCUCUUUCCUGCAAAGUUAUUUACAACUAUUAUUUUAAAGAAUAUAUCAGCAAUUUCUAACUAUCAUCAUGCUACAGAAAAUAUCAGCCUCUUUUAUCAUUUUAAAGGAACUCUGAAAGAAUAAAAGUAAUUUUUACCUUUUUGGAGUGUUCCUUUAACCUUUUUCUCCAAAGGUGAGUUCUCUCUAUGCUGCUUUACUCCAUCUGCGGGAGACUGUCAGUGACAACAGUCUCCCUUCCUGUCUGGAUGAAACUGGUGCAUUGAUGGCAAUUGUGUCCCUAUGGAAUAAUGGUUCAGUGCUUGAAAUUGGCACUUUCAUAAAAUAGGACAAGGUGGACAUGCAGUCCCAUCGAUUGAGUUGUUUUAAAUAUUCCUUCUCUCUUCUGACCUAUAGGUGUUUACUAAUGUAUGGUUUAUUUACAGAUAUGCUGAAGUCUGAAAAUUCCCAUAGAAUUGAAAUGGCAGCAAGGUGUCUGGAGGUCCUCUGUGUUGUGAAGAGAAGCUAUUGGGAGGACAUUUACAAAGCAGGUAAGAUGUGUUAGUGAUUGCUAAUUAUUAUCAGUUAUGGUUUAUUUAAUUUCCUAUUUUUUGUAAGAAAAAUAUUAUUGAAUUUUUAAAGUAUAAUUGAGAGGAGGGGAACAGAAGGCAAAAAGCAUAUAGUAAGGGUAAAUAUGGUGAGAAUGCAUCUUUACUGAGUUCCUGAGUAACUAUGUUACUGAGAAAACAUAGAUAUAACUAAACAUACAGUACAGUGAGUAAAGUAAAUCUGUAUAUUUCUAUGCACAGAGGGUCAUUCAUUGGCUGAGAGUGAUUAGCAGAUGCUCUCAGCCAAUGAAAGGCCGGUUGGAUUGGCAUUCAGCUUCUGCAGCUCUGCAGAUGCCAGAUGUUUGUCACCCAGCAGGAUUGGAGCCUUGGCACCCUGCGGGACUCCUGAUAAGAAGACCAUGGGUGCCAGACAACAUAGCCACUACAGAGAGCUCUUAUUAUAGUGCUUGAAGUAACCCUUUAUAACCCUUUGUAAGAGUAAGCAUGGUUCCCAUAUAUAUGUCUAAUUUUCUCAGUUAUGGAAGGAUCUACGUUGUGCAUAGAUUGUAGAUUAUGUGGGUGGAUAUUUGUAGACUGUUGGUGGGGAUGUUGUUAGUUUUCCAUUUUUGUGCAAUAUGUAUGGGAGAAGCUAUGCUAUUGUGCCCACGUCCCCUUCCUCCCUAGCUGAGAUCUUGAUAGGGAAUAGGGAUAUGUUGUGCCAAUCAGCACCUUCUCACAGUGAUGCAUUGAUUCAAUACAUCUCUAUCGGGAGUAUUUAUCACCUACAUGCAGAGAGUUGAGAUGUUGAAUGGAGGUCCUGCAAAAAUUGCAGGACCUCAUCUAGGAAGUCCCUCUAGUUAGUGUUCCUCUAGUGGCUGUGUGUUUUGUGUUUUUUUAAGAAUUGUCAAAGAAUCAUCUAGAAGAAAGGUGGAGGUGCUACCUUAAAAGCACAGCUGAAUACAAGAUCUGAAGCAGUCAUUAAUAGGCUAUGAUAUAUGGGUGUGUCAUCACACCACUUUUUUAUGUUCAAUAUUUAUAUUUACAAGUUGCACUGUUAUAUGUUCAUGUUAAUUUUCAUGUGCACCCAAUGAUAUCUCUGCCUUAACAAGUUGUUAAGGGUUAGCAAAUGUCAGCACUACACUAUAAUUUAUAAGUGUCUCACUUAUAUAGUUUUUUUCUUGAAAAAGCAGAGUUUACAAUGCUGAGCCACUAGAGCAGACUUAAUGCACCAGAACCACUGCAUUCAUCUGUAGUGGUUCUAAAGACUGUAGUGUCCCUUUAAGAAUUGAAAUUUAUUUAUUUGAACACAAAAUGUUAAUUAUUUGUUUUAUCUUAAGCCUAUUUUAUUUGUGGUAUAAUUUCGCAUUACGAUAUAAUAUGAUGUAUAUAAAUGAUGGAUUUUUUUGUUCAUUAUUAAUUUUUGUUAUUUUUCAAAUAUAGGAUGCGUUCAAUGUCUUGUUGAUCUUUUGAAAAGUGGCCGUUUGAAUUUGGAGUGUUUGGCUUCAGGAGUUUUAAGCAAUAUAUCAAAUAAUAUUCCUGUCUCAAAGACUCUUGUAGAAUCUGGAGCCAUUCCUGUUCUGAUUACAUUAUUAAGCUCACAUCAACCAGAGCUACAGUCCAGAUGCUCUGUUAUUUUGUCUGACAUUGCCCAGGUGGACAGUAAUCAAAAUGUAAUUGCAGAAAUGGUAAGGCUUCCUUUGUUGCAUAAAGAUUGAUGAUCCCACAAAGAAAAAUUUACAAAUUAAAAGUGCAUACAUUUCUUUUAGAACAGAAAGGUUUUAAAUUGGAUGUGGAUUUAACAGUGAAUACAGCAAUUCAGGCUGUGUACCUGGUGCUUGAAUUACAUAAUAAAACCAGGAUAUAUAAAAUAUGAGUACAUGGAGUACUAUGACUUGUGACCUUAAACUAUCCAAUAUGAUCGAAAUAUACCUAAUGUUGUUCCAUAUAUUUUUUUCUAAUUUAUCUAAAGCUCCAGAUUACAUUAGACUCUUGACUCAUAUAUACAUACAUACAUUGGGUAUAACUCUAGACACGCAACGUUAAUCCUGAUUAAUAUUCUUUAAACACUGUGUGACAUAUCGUAGGCUUUAUUACAUGUAUCCAUCUGUGUAGAAAAAAAAAUAAAAAAUAAAAAUUUACUGCUAUAUCUAGGGUAAGGCUAUCUUUUUUCUGCCAAUUAUUGAUUUAAAAAAAUUACAGUAUUCUUAAAAAAAUAAAUUAAAAAAAUUAAAAGUUAAGAUUAUAACGUUGGUAUUUUUACUUAUGUACUUAACAAGAAAGUGAACAAACUGGGUUGCCAAUAGAGCAGUUAUCCAAAUAAAACACAACAUACUUCAUAUCAACACACAUUUGUUAAGGUAAAUUGUUGCUUAAAGUUGCUUUUCAUUUUAAUGUAUAUGAUUGAUCAUGAUUCAGACCAAUUUCCUUAAAUUGUAAAUGUUUUCUUAGGGUGGAAUUCCUCCUUUGGUCCAUCUGCUCUAUGGAGAAUUAGAAGAUGUGCUGGUGAAUUCUAUAAAUUGCGUCCGGGUUCUGUGUGUCCAAAAUCCAACCAACCAACGAGCAGUCAAAGACCUUGGUGGCAUUCCACUCCUUGUGGAACUUCUAGGUGUCAAGUCAGGUAGACAAUUCUCACAUGUCCCGAACUUGUAGUCAAUUUGACAUAGUCUUUCAUCAACACUGUUGACACUGUCCUGGGGUUACUCUUUGGUUUUUCUUGUUGGUUCUUGGUAGCCCUUAAACAUGUCUCAUCUGAUUUUUGACUUAGCUCAUUUUUGACUAUUACUAUUAUUGGUAUUCUGAUCCAGAUAUUAUAUUUGACCAUGGUUACUUGCAUGUUUUGUGUCUUGGGUAGAACUCUGCAAAGCCUAGCCAUUCUAAGAACUUUCUGGUUUAGGUCUUGCCAUUGCUUUGCUAUUUGCGUUGCACACAAUGUGAAUAUGUGACAUAAUUACUGGAUUAAUAUUUAUUAUAUUAAUAUCAUAUUUUAUAUAUGAUUCAUAUUUGAGCAUAAUUCUGAUAUUAAAACAGAUACCAGAUGGUACUUAAUGUGAUGAAUAUAAUAAAUAUGAGAAUUGCUAAUUAAAUUUAAAUUUGUUCUUUUCACCCAGCUUUUGCUAAUCUGGUACAAAAUCGAACUUAAAGGAAUACACCCAAUAGAUUGCCUUUGGAAAACAGAAAAAAUAAAAAUACAACAGUACAUGUAAACAACAAACAUCUGGAAUGGAAAUAAAUUUAGACAUAGACAUGGUGAUCAGCCUAAGCAUAAUUUAAUGUACUGUAGAUGCUGUGAUUAUUCCUCUGACUGGUUCACUUCUAUUAAGUUAUUCAUAUAUUCCACCACAUUUAGAGUGUCUCAGUCAUGAAACAAUAACCCUAUUAAUUUAUUUUCGUUUUACAUUACUCACACAUUUCUAGAAACUGACAAUUUACAAGCUGUACACUUUGCUGAUUACAUUAUUUCUCAAACAUUAUUUAACAUUAUGUUUUACCUUUAAAGAUAUUUUGGUAAGUGCAUCCUCAGCUGCGAUUGCUGAACUUGCUAGAGGGAACAAGCUUAUUCAAGAUGUCAUAGCAAAAGAAAAUGCAAUUGAUCCUCUUAUUAACAUAAUUCGAGGAAGGAAACUCAAUAUUCAAGUGAAAGCUGCCAUGGCGAUGGAGGCGCUUGCUGAUCAUAAUGCUGCAAUACAAAAGGAGUUUUUGGACAGAGCUGUGUCGAAACAUAUUUCAAAACUCCUGAAGGCAAGUUCAUUUCAUUUAAUUGUUUUCUAAAAGAAUCUAUAGGUAUGUAGGCCCAAUGUUGUUUUUUUAAUUUCUGGUUUGUCCAAAAUAAACAAUAAGUCCUCUAAGAUCUCCAGUUAGAUUACUGACAACAUUCUUUAAACAGCUGAGAACUCCUUUCCUGAAAUACGAGGGGUAAAGGAGUAACUUUUGGAUGUACGAUGCCUGUUGUUAUUACUAUUCUUUCUUUUUUCCUCUUUUUUUCUCCUAAUCCCUCUUCAUAUCUCCCUACCUGUCUCUGCUUACAUCGAUUUUGUUCUUUACCAAAGCCCAUUAUGGGGGAUUUAUUGAGCCUCUCUUUUCUUUUCCUAUAGAAGCUGCUGCCAAUUUUUGUCUGUUUCUUCUACAUAACCUGUAUUCUCACUCUGACUGCUAAUGGUUUAUUGGCCCCUUAAGCUGUUAACUUUGUGAUUUUGUGUUGUAUUAAUUGACAUUCUUUCUGUUGCACAACUGUAAAUAAAUUAAGAAAAAUGAAACAAUAAUCAGGUAUCAAUUGAAUCUUGAUAUUCUGUUCUAGGUCUUUCAGCUGGACGUCCGAGAACAGGGCAGUAUAACCCUGUGGGCACUGGCAGGGCAAACACGUAAACAGCGAAAGAACAUGGCUGAACAGAUUGGCUAUAAUUUUAUCAUAGACAUGCUCUUAUCACCGUCUAAUAAGAUGCAAUAUGUAGGUGAGUUUUCUUCUCUCUCACUAAGUAUAGACUUAUCCAAAAUCCAAAUAUUAAACUAUAUAUAUUUUCUGGAAGGUGGAGAGGCUGUCAUUGCUUUAUGCAAAGACAGCAAACAUCACCAGGACCAAAUCUGUGACGGAAAUGGCAUUGGGCCUUUGGUACGACUCUUACGAAAUUCUAAGGUGGCUGAAGGAACGCUUCUCAGUAUUAUAAAAGCCCUUGGAACAAUGUGCAUUGGUAUGUAGUUUAUAUUUUCCACUAACAAAAAAACACAUAAUUAAUCAUUUUGGGGGACAAACAGUCUUUGAAAAGUAUGCCAAAAGGAAUAUCAUAUUUCAGUUGCUGUGGGCAAAAUACUAUUUUAUAGUUGUGAAGGUCUAAUCUAUAAUAAUAUUCUGUUGAUGCUAAUAAAUAGAAUGCACUCAAUGAUGACUUUGUUUGGAACACCAAUCUAGUACUAGGUAUGAACCAUCAGAAUUCUUUGUAGCAUAGAUUCAGCAAAGUUCACUUAUUAACAUAAUAAAUACUCUGUGCCCCCCUAUUUCACCUGUUCCCAAAGAUGUUUUUUGGGGGGUUGAGAUGUCAGUACUGUGAAGUAAACAAAAAUAACCAAAUCAGUUUAAGAAUAAUGCUUUUUGGCAUGGCUAAAUGUUUUUGUUUGAAAAUGAGUGGACGGCGAAAAUAAAUGCAUGCACAUAGUCAGCAGCAAUUCUUAGUUACACAGUGACAUCCAAAUAACAGUCAUGUGAUUUACGUGAUCUAAUGUGUGUAAAGAAAAUAUUUCCCACAUUAUGACAGUUCCACUAUGAUAGACAGAAGGGAGGGCAGAUGUGUUCAUUUAACUCAAAAUUCUGAUUGUACUAUACCUGCACCUCGCAGUAAAAUUUCAAAUACAUGAUUAGACAAUGAUAUAAUUAUUAAACAUUUUGCAAUCUGUAGCCUAAGCUUUCUGUCCUUAAUUUAAAGAUUAAAAUGCAGCACAAUAUCCUGCUGCUAUUACCUGUCCUCUUCUGUGUCCACAUUUUACAUUCAGAGAUUCUCUUCCCCACACCAAUGUUGUAAAGAAUGUUGGUAGUGGUAGUAGUAUUUGUGGACUUUGUCAGUUUGAAUGUGCCUGUAGAUGGUCAGAUGAUAUUUGAACAUUGCAUCUUUCUCUGUAAACUGUAGUUCGUGAAAAUGCCUAUAGGUCAGUUAUUUCUGAGAUGUCAAAGUAUCGCUUGGUGCUCCAACAUUCAUACCACAGUUAGAGCAAAUCUCCCAGGUGUCCCUAUGUAAGACAGACAGUCCAUAUUAAGGGCCCAAAUCCCCCUGUCCCUCUUUUCUUUCCUAGUGUCCCUCUUUUCUAGGAGCUCCCUAUUUUUGGUGUGUCCACAGAAAUAAUAUUUCCAGCAAUGUGUCUUUAAACUGCAAUAAAUGUGUUUAGAAAUCAAUCUUUGUAAAUAAGAUACAUUAUUCUUCUAAAUUACAUUUUAGUUGCAUAAAAUGUUAUAAGUAAGUGUCCUAAAAUUUCGCAGAAGAGCCCUGCCCCUGAUCACACCACCAGUCACACCUCUAAAAUUAAAGUGUCUUGCUUUUUCAUUUACAUAUGAACAUUUAAAGGAGGGCCCUCCAUCAUGUAAUUGUUCAUUUACAGGGACAUUUUUUAUUUAUUUAUUUUUAUUUUGUAAAUAUGGGUUUUAUUGACGUAAAUGCAGAUGUUUACAGGCGUGCAGAUUUGGUAAGGAGACACGCAAGUCUCGAGCGUAAUGUUAGGUAUCAAUGCAUCUAGUUUGACAUCAUGUUCCUACUCCCAUAGAGCUCGCAGGCCUCGUUUUCAUAAGGUCGUAUUUUCGGCACGUUUGCCAGCUACCUCUCAUCCCAUUCUCCUUUCUGCUGUAAUUCCCCCUUCCUGAUUUGUGUUCCUGUGCUCAGGGUGUUGUGCGUCCUCUGGUGGGACAGGGACAUUUUUAAUUAUUUGUUUAAACGAACAUGUGUAUCUGAUAAAACGGUCAUUGAUUGUAUAGUAAACAUUGCAAUUUAAAGUUAGACAUGGAUUUUCUGUACUGUGCAGUGUGUGUAUUGUGUAAAGCAAGAGAGAGUAAUAGGUACAUAAUAUCCCCUCAAGUUUUAUGUACAUCCAACUCAAAUCUAGAACUCAUGUUCUGUCUGUUUUCACCAACACAUCGCUGUUGGUCCAUAAAUUGUUAUCACUAUUUUUUAUUUUAUUGAAUGUGUGAGAGAGCACUUUUUGGGCUUGAGCAUUUCUGAAAUGUAAUACUGGUCUUGAUUAAAGGGACACACUAAGCCCCAGAACAGCAUAAUGAAAUGGUUUUAGUGUAUAGAUUAUGCCCAUGCAGUCUCACUGCUCAAUUAGGAGUUAAAGGAACACUAUAGAGUAGGUAACACUUAGAUGUAUUCCCGAUCCGAUAAUGUUGCCCCCGCCCCCCUUUAGUCCCCUUUGAAAGAGUUAAAAAGCUUUUUUCCAGUGCUGCACAAGUCCGCCGGCACUAGCCCCGCCCGAGAUCCACCUCUUUGACUGACAUUAUCAGAAAUGAUGAUCUCAGCCAAUCUAAUGAUUUUAAACACACUGUGCUGUAAGAGCUGAUUGAAAAAAUAAACCAUUUUUUUGUGUAUGCUGUGUGAGUCACAGCCAGGGGAGGUGUGGCUAGGGCUGCAUAAACAGAAUUAAAGUGAUUUAAAGAAUUGACCACUUGGAAUGCAGGAACAUGAUCUAUACAUAAAGUUAUUUUAGUCUUUAGGAUGUCCCUGUUAAGUACAGACAAACACUUAUGUGUUGUUAUACAUAUAUUUGUAUAUAAUAAAUACAAUACAAACUAAAUAGACAUGCAAUUAUUAUUUUAACUGGGAACAUUUCCUUAAUGGGAUUGCUUUCUUUGUAGUGUUUUAGUUAUGUGUUCAUGUAUUUAUUUAUUUUUGGUACAGGUGUUGCUCACAUAAAUAAUCCAGUCACCCAGGAUAAAAUAGUAGAGGAGCAGGCUUUGCCAACUCUCAUUCAUCUUCUGAAGACUCAUGGCUCUAUUAAAAUUAAGGUACACAAAAUAUCAGUUAUCUAUGCAGUCUUCAUUUUGUAUUCCAUGCAGGAACAUUCUUGGGCAUAUCUUGGAUCUUACUCACUUAAAUCCUUUCUAAAGCUUGUUAACUCUUUAACAAUAUGGUUGACAAGUAUUUUCUCAAUCCCUUCACGGAUUUUAUAGGGGGGAAAAAAGGUCUUCUCUUUUCCCUUUGUGCUUUACUAAAAUAAAUCUAUAGUGUUAGGAAUAUAAACAUGUUCUUUACAAUAAGAACAAUAAAGAUAUGAAAUUCUCUGCCUAAAGAGGUGGAUUUAUCAGAGUCUCUACACAUUUGUAAACAGUAACUGCAUGAAUUCUUGCAAAAACAUAGUAUUGAAGGAUAUAAUGUUUUCCUAAUGCUAUAGUGUCCUAGGACAUCUUUAGUGACGACCCCUUCAUAUGUCAAAAUUAAGAAAAACAUUUUUACUUAGCUUUUCAGUGCCACAACUCCCUCAGUACUGCUGCCUUACUUCGCCUCCUGCGAUAUCAUCACGGAGGCGUCUCUUCCAUGAUACAUUUCCAAUUCAAUACUCCUCAUAGAGGACCAUUGGGGAUAAGGUGUCCAUGCUUCAAUGCUUUCCUAUUUGAUCACAUGAUGCAUAGGAAGAGCAUCUAGUGGAAGACAGCCACUAGAGGUAUGUAUAAUGAAAACAUAACAGUUUCUACAGAACUGUAAUGUUUUACAUUGCAGGGUUAAACAUACAGGGCCACUACACCCAGAUCACUUUACUGAGAUGGUUGUUAAAACGAACUAACCAGUUGUUUUAUUUAUAUAUUUUUGUACAAUGGUUUACACCUCACAUCCUUCUCUUUUUAUUAUGGCUAAUGCAACAGUUGCAAUCAUAAACAAAAUAAUUUUUAGUGUGAACAUUGUGCAAAUAUUUUACUGCAUAUUACACUUAUAUCUUAGGAUAAAGGAAUUUGGGAAUUAUUUUUUUUUUGUCAAUUUAUUAUAACUACUUACACUGUGCUGCAGAAUAAUUGUCUAAUGCGUCAUGAUGUAAUUUAUUUACAAAAAAAAUUGUUUCCUAUUAUUUAGAAUUUUUCAUUACAUUUGAAAUUGUGCCAGAUUCACUCCUGACUUGGCAAUUAAUAAAUCAAAAUGUUUUUCAAAUUCUCAAAGGUUAUAUUUAAAAAAAAAUAAAAAAGGUCAAGGUGGUCUAAGAAAGACAAUGUACCCACACAUUAUUAAUGCGUGUUAUCUAAACUGCCUUAACUCUGGAUAAACCUGUUCUGGUCCAAAGGAUUGCUCUAGUGCAAGUCCAAGCCCAAGUCUAACUAAGGUCACCAGGACUCAUCUCCCCAGAAUAUUCCAACAUCUCAUUCAUGAAGGUGGCAAAAAAUAAUUAAAUAUUUUUGCUAUAAAACACGCCCCAGAAUACAACUAGUUGUACUUCACCCAUACUACUUCUGCAAGGAGAUUUAUAUUGUUUACCUAAAUAAAGCAGGAACUACUGUGGAUCUCACCCAAAACCCUUUAGAAAUGAUUGAACAAUCAGCUCAGUAGAACUUUGCUUGUUUUGUUACAACAAAUAUUAACAGGGUUAUUCACUAAGUGAGAAUUCAAAGUGAAUUUCCAAUUUAAGGCUGCAAUAGCCAAAUUGAAAAAAAAAUUAUCUAACUGAGCUAUGCUUUCAGUUUAGCUAUUUAAAUUUGAAAUACAAUUUGAAUUCACUCUGAAUUCUACUUUGCAAAAUAAACCUGUAGAUAUUGCAAAAUAUCUGUAUAUACCGUGUUUGUGUUUUUAGAAUUAUGCAGAGUUAGCACUAACUGUAAUUCAAAGCUUCGCCAGUACAUUUGAUGGAAAACUAUGAGUUGGAGGCACUAAGGGUUUUAUGUACUUUGAAUUAGGGGGCCAUGCAGUCCGAUGCCAACCUAGACAUGUGGUCUAUUGGUUUGAAGGUUUCAAUUUUGAGUUCCAGAUAGUAUAGACUGCACAAGCAUUUUGAAGUUACUGUGAUUAGACAGAAUUCCUUACCACUACACUGUCAUAUAAAAAAGGAUUUCUUUCACCUUUAUAAAUGCAUACGACACAUACAAAGAUAUAUACACAUUGCUGACAGAUGUGUACGUCCACCUCUGGCAGUGUCAAUAACCAGCAGGAAAUGUACUGAGCGGGAUAGUGUUGGUUUUUGCAUAUUUGGCAUAUGUCAUCAGCAGGCAUUGCAUGCUGGCAAAAGGUGACCAAUGGCGGCACAGUAGUUGCCACUCUGUGCCUCUCAAGGCCUACCUUUAGCCUGUCAUGCAGGAUGUUCUUCCAAUGCUGUGAGGGGGAGUGCCUUCACCAUACUGCAGGGAGAACUUAACCUCAGCAUGAGAUCUAUGGUAAACUUUAUCUUCCUUUUCUUUUCUUUCCAUUCCAUGCCAGCAAGGUUUGCUCUAUCCAAAAUCAUUGUUUCAUUAAAUUACUGUUUUUGGUUGGAGCAACCCUUUAAUUCAAUUAAACUCGACUAAGAGUAAUAAUACAUUACUGCACAAAUAUAAGUCAAAUGCCGCUCUGUAAUAGGAACAACCUGUAUGGUUCAAGGUAUCCAUAUAAACACACAGUGGUGUGAAAAAGAGAUCACAGAGGGCUCAAACUGUGUAAAAUCUUUAAUAGAAAAUCACAUUUAUAAACAUACUGUUAUAAAUGUACUGUAGAGAGUACUGUUAAAUAUAUUUGACUUGUUCAGUAGCAUGACUUCAUUGAAAUGUUUAAUCUCUUUCAUUGAUGGUACAAACAGGUCGAAGUGGCCUGCACUCUAGCUUGCAUUGUCCUAAAGAACGCUGUUCUACAAGCUCAGCUACACGAGAUGGAAGAGUUUAAGUACACCGAUGUUCUUGAUCUCCUACAUACACCUGAUAAGGUACAUUCUGAGUUCACAUCACUCUGAUUUAUAGAAAUUAAGUGCUGUACGUUACUUCUGUACCAAUGAGGAUACAUGUCUGUCAUUCAUGUGUGGUUAAUGGCUUAAAUUAUUGUGAACGAGUGAACACAAGCCAUUAUAUUUUUCCAAAUCACUUUCAAAAUAUAUAUAUUUUGCUUCAGCUACACCAAACAUUUUGCUAUAGUUCAGCACAGGCAUUCGCUUUCCUUUAGCCCUAGUUUGAUUCCUCACCCUUAUCUAAAGUUGACACACCGAGAUGGCCCAAGAUGGUGGUCUCUCUGCGUCCACACACUCUAUGUGCAGUAGUGAAGGCCAAGACAACUCUACUCCUACCGUAACCAAGGGUGAUGUCGACUGCCUGUUUGCUAAACUUACCUAUGUGGAGAUGUCCCUCAAGGCUGAGAUUAAUAAAAGCGCCCAGCAGAUUUGCAGUGAAAUUAUGGCUAUCAGGCAAAGAACCUUGGAUAGAGGCUAAAGUGGAGGGGGUUAUCCAGCACACAUCUCACUAUCUCCCAACUUGCUUGUGUGGAGCACCUUGAAUCCUCACUUCAGUACCUUUCUAAUCCAGAAGAAAUAAUAAAAAAAAAGUGCCAGUGCCAAGGCCUUUCCGAGGGUAAAUGUCUAGUGUGUAAUGAGUGUAAAGUCCCUUGAUUGGUUCAACAAUGUCUGUGAUAUUACCAAUCACGAGCGUUAUUUGUUGGGGAUGUAUAAGGCUCCAGCUGGUAAUCUAACCCGUCAUCAUGCAGUCUGACUUAUGAUAUUCCAUAGUCAGACUGCACUUCUGGGUUCGUACGGCCGUUGCCGUAAAUGAUCUCAAUGAAAGGAUAGUGUGUGAAAAGAGUCAGUCACGUCACUUCCUGUUCACGAUGUUAUUGUAAUCUUCAUGUCCUUUUUGCCAGGACAUAUUGUUGGCAUUCAAGUCCAAAUAUGUAUGAUACUCAUAAUAUUCAAGAGAGGAAAAACAGAACAAAAUAAAUAAGAAACUAGCAAGGUGAUAUGCUAGAAAGCUAUAUGCAGUGUAGCAGUCGGAUAAAAAUAAGGAUAAUUUCAAAGUAUAAUAAGAGCUCACUGCUAGCAAAAUGGAACCUUGCAAUGGAAGUGUCUCAGCAGACACGUUUCGUCCUAAAAACGGUCUUCUUACGUGUGGUUCCAAGGGACUUCUUCUGGAUCUUUGGCAUUAUAUAGCCCAAAGACAACAUCUUCUCCAUUAAUUAAUUCUAUCACUGUAACAUUCUAUCAUCAUUGUAAAUUCUAUCACUAUAUGGCAUAUGUAAACUAUUAAAAUGUGCUACUGCUUUAUCCCCGCUAUCUCCUUACUUGAGAAAUUAGGGUUGUCUUGCUUUGCCAAUUUAGAGGUUGACGACCUACAUUUGUUUGAUGGAUUUGCUGAUCUGGAUUUGAUGGGGAUUCAGUUACUUAUUGAAGACAAUAACUACACCUUCUGACUUCAUAAGCUACAUCCAAUUAUGUAGCUCUGCCCUUCAAGUUAACAUACAUUCUACUGCCACCUUAAACAUGACACACUUUUAACCCCUUUAUUUGCAGGAGUCUCAUGUAAAAAGGCUGAUUUCUAUACCUUACUCUUACUUUAUUGACUUCCACUUGUGACUAAAAGGAACAUUCUUAUGUAACUAAAUGGGAAUCUGAGCUUGAUGUGACAAGUGGGGAUUGGUUAAAUAUGUGGGAAUACACUGCUAAAACUGUAGUGUUUGUCACCUUGAAGGAACAGGAGUUUAAGACUUUGCUCUGUUGGUAUGUUACACCCAUUACACUUCAUCACAUGAGGCAUUUUAAAGGUACAUUCUAUGCACCAUAACAACAUAAUCGCAAAUAAGUUGUUAUGGUGCCUAGAUUGGUCUUUUAAUACAUACGUGCCCAAAACUAUGGAAAUAUUACUUAUAAUGUAUAUUUAGAUAUCAGCUGUUCUUGAAAGGAGAUUUUACAUGUACUUUUUACAUUUUUGGUCAAGUGAUAUCCUGGGCUAGACUUUUCACCUUUUCACUUCAAUUAUAUCAACAUAUCAAGGAUAAUAUAUAUACAUAUAUAUAUACAGUAAGGGAAACAAAGUAUUUGAUCCCCUGCUGAUUUUGAAUGUUUGCCCGCUGACAAAGAAAUGAUCAGUCUAUAAUUUUAAUGGUAGGUGUAUUUUAACAGUGAGAGACAGAAUAAAAAAUAAAAAAAAAUCCCAAAAAACGCAUGUUAAAAAAGUUCUAAAUUGAUUUGCAUGUCAAUGAGUAAAAUAAGUAUUUGACCCCUUCAAAUUAGUACUUGGUGGCAAAACCCUUGUUGACGAUCACACUGGUCAGACGUUUCUUGUAGUUGGCCUCCAGGUUUGCACACAUCUCAGGAAGGAUUUUGUCCCACUCCUCUUUGCAGAUCCUCUCCAAGUCAAUAAGGUUUCGAGGCUUAUGUUUGGCAGCUUGAACCUUCAGCUCCCUCCACAGAUUUUCUAUGGAAUUUAUGUCUGGAGACGGUCUAGGUCAAUCCAGGACCUUAAUGUGCUUCUUCUUGAGCCACUCGUUUGUGGCUUUGGCUGUCUGUUUUGGUCAUUGUCAUGCUUCAAUACCCAUCCACAACCCAUUUUCAAUGCCCUGGCUGAGGGCUGGAGGUUCUCACACAGGAUUUGACGGUAUAUGGCCCCGUCCAUCAUCCCUGUGAUGUGGUGCUGUUGUCCUGUCCCCUUAGCAGAAAAACACCCCCAAAGCAUAGUGUUUCCACCUCCAUGUUUGACACUGGGAGUGGUGUUUUGGGAACCAUAGGCAGCAUUCCUCCUCCUCCAAACACGGCAAGUUGAGUUGAUGCCAAAGAGUUUGAUUUUGGUCUCAUCUGAGCACAACACUUUUACCCAGUUCUCCUCUGAAGCAUUCAGAUGUUCAUUGGCAAACGUCAGACGGGCCUGUACAUGUGCUUUCUUGAGAAGGGGGACCUUGUUGGCGCUGCAGGAUUUCAGUCCUUCACGUUGUAGUGUGCUACCAAUUGUUUUCUUGGUGACUAUGGUCCCAUCUGCCUUGAGAUCAUUAACAAGAUCCUUCCAUGUAGUUCUGGGCUGAUUCCUCACCGUUCUUAUGAUCAUUGAAACUCCACGAGGUGAGAUCUUGCAUGGAGCACCAGACCGAGGUAGACUGACAGUUAUUUUGUGUUUCUUCCAUUUGCAAAUAAUCACACCAACUGUUGACACCUUCUCACCAAGCUGCUUGGUGAUGGUCUUGUAGUCCAUUCCAGUCUUGUGUUUUCAUAAACUGCAAUAUUUACAUUGCAGGAUUAAGUCCUCCUCUAGUGGCUGUCUACUAGAGGGACUUCAUAGAACACGAAAAGUGUUUUCAGUGACGCUGGACGUCCUCACGGUAUGUGAGGACCUCCAGCGUUGCCGAAAUCCCCAUAGGAAAGUAUUGUAUAAUGCUUUCCUAUGGGGAGGUCUAAUACACGUGCACGGCCAUUGCCGCACAUCAGGCAGAGCCUGACCCAGCACCGAGGGACAUCGGCGCUGGACCCCGGUAAGUCACUGAAGGGGUUUUAACCCCUUAAGCAACUUGGGAUGGGCGGUGGGGGGGGAAGGCUCUGCAGGAACCUGCAGUGCCAGGAAAACGAAUAUGUUUUCCUGGCACUGGAGAAUCCCUUUAAAAUACACCUACCAUUAAAAUUAUAGACUGAUCAUUUCUUUGUCAGUGGGCAAACGUUCAAAAUCAGCAGGGGAUCAAAUACUUUUUUCCUUCACUAUAUAUAAAUAAAUUAAAGUAUACAGUAUGAUCUGAAGUUGCUCUGUUUUCAAAUUUUUUUGAUUUAUUGUUACAGUAAGUCACGAUCUGAACCUUUUGGUAUAUAAUAAAUUACAGGAUAUUUGCUUACGAGUUGGGUAUGCACUAGCUCUGUUUGCCUACAACAGUACCCUGCAUCAGUUUUACAUCUUGGAGACAGGAGGCAUUGAAAUGGCAAUCUAUGAACCUUUCCUGGAGUCAGACAUUGAGACAGACAGAGCACAAGCUGCGUUUCAGGUAUUGCAAUGUGUCAUGAAGAUUAACAUUGUUUAUCCCACCACAUAUGAAAUUUAAAGUGGGAUUUUAUGUUAUUAUUCUGUACUUGUCUUUUCAGCAUCUAAGAAGAUUUAAGAAGAAAUUAUAAUAGGCUCAUUUAAAUGUGCUGAAUUGUGGAAACUCACACUUUAAAUGGUCACUCUAAGUACAGCUCAUUGUAGUGGUUAUGCUGCAAAGAGUCUAAAGGAAUACUCUAACCUUAAGAAUACAAACAUGAAUGCUUAAUGUUUGAGUUAUCUUGGGGCUAUUUAAUUUGUGAGCCCCCUUCCAAAUAGUAAAACAGAGCAUUUUAGUCACCCUUAGUACCUCACGCAGUACUUGCUGCAAUUGCCAUUCCUUCAGUGGCUGAGAUCAUUACCGAUUUUAUUUAGACAAUCCAUUGUUUCCCUGCGAUUGCUGAGGAAGUUUCAGUGGUAGACGUGCAAUGCAUCAUUUUUCUGUAUCCCCUGUUUACAUUUAUUUUUUUUAUGUUUCACCUGAUUGUUUUUAUAAUAUUUUUUCUGUAUUUUUCUUUUUCCUGUUUUUUUUCUGUCUUUUUCUGUAUGUUUACUGCAUGUAUGUGGUUUCUUUUACUGCCAUGUAUAGCUAAACAGAUCAAUAAGCAGCACUUUUAAUGGAACUUCCACGUAAAAUUGUAUGGGAUAUCAUAUGAGUUCGGCUUGUUUUACUUUUUUUGUUUACUAUUUAAGUGUAGAUCCCAAGCGCCAGCACCACUGACUCCCAGGAAUACAGUUGGCCUGAGAGAGUACAAUCAUUCCAGUAUAUAUUACCAUUUUUAAUCAAUAAUAAUUUAAUUCAAAUUGAUGUUGUAGCAGCACCAACAGUUUUCCUUACAUUUGUCACCCCAUUCCUUUACUUCAUAGCGACGUGGGCUAGGUAGUCACCAUAGCAUUCACAGUGGAUGCGUUGUGUCAUUCUAUUUCUCAGCACAGACUCUGACAGGUGGGAGAAAGACAUUUUUGAAUAGUUUUUUUCCCCAAUCUAUAUAUUUACUAGUUCAAUGUAUAGAAAUAAAAACAGAGGUCCUCCUGACCCAAGGCCUAAGGUAUUUGGCAAGGGACAAGGCGGAUCGCCUUAUAUUUGAAGUGCCAAGACUUAACUAAGGGUUAUUUGCUUUGUAUGUUUUGUUAGUAUGUGUGAAAGAAGUUGGCUUGUAUUGUAAAUGUUUGUUAUUUUGUCAUUCCUGAACUGCAUUUCCCCCUUUUCUGUAUCUCUCUCUCAUAUUGCUCCAGUUGUGCUUCUCUCCCCUUCUUGUCUCCCUCCACAUCUCUCAACAUAUCCUUCUUUUUCUUCUUUCCCACAGGAGGGGAAGGAAAUCAGUAGUGGGGGGAUGUGAAAGAGAGCUAUAGGAGUGGGUGGGAGAGGGGAUAAAAAGAUACACUAAAGUAAGGGGGCAUUCACUGAUCAGCAACAACAUUAAAACCAUUGAUAAACUAAAUAAAUUAUAUCAUUAUAAUGGCACCUUUCAAAGGCUUGGGAUAUAUUAGGCAGCAAGUGUACAGUCAGUUCUUGAAUUGCAUGUGUUGGAAGCAGGACAAAUGGGCAAGCAAAAAUAUUUCAGGGACUCUGACAAGAGCCAAGUAGUGAUGACUGGGUUAGAGCAUCUCCAAAACAGCAAGUCUUCUGGAAUGUUUCUGGUAUGCAGUGGUUUGUACCAAAAGUGGUGCAAGGGAGGACAACCAGUGAACCAGGGUCAUGAGCGUCCAAGGCUCAUUGAGGCAAGUGGGGAGCAAAGACUUGCCCGUUCGGUUCGGUCACACAGAAGAGCUACUGUAUCUAGAAUUGCUGAAAAUCUUAAUGCUGGCCAUGAUAGGUAUAAUCGCAGUUUGCUGCAUAUGGUGUUGCGUAGCCCAUGAUGUCCACUGUCCACCAACGAAAUUGCCUCCAAUGAAAAUAUGAGUUUCAGAACUGGACAAUGGAGCAAUUCAAGAAGGUCGUCUGGUUUGAGAAUUCACACUCCCUUUUAAAUCAGGCUGGGGAAGAGAUGGCAACAGGAUGAAUUGGUGUUCCCUCAUGGCAGUGACCUCUUGUAGCGGAGCUCCAGUACUCCGGCCGAGUACUGCUUCCUCGUAGCUAUCAGAGACCCUGGAACACUUCAGACCCAGUCGCCGAGGCUUGACUGGCAUCACUGAGGGGCAAACAACAAAUGACACUUGGUGAAAGUUAAAACAACUAACUUUAAUAGACAAAGCACAUAUAUUUUAAGCACCAACAUCCUCAUUUACAUACAAUAGGGUGCAUAGAGUAUUAUAGUGCAAGGAAGGGUGGGGUUAGACAAUAGCAAGGGCUGGUGGGAGAUUGACGAGGGUCAGGGUAGCUAGUUUAAACUGGUCUGGCAGUGUCCCUGGGGCAACGCCCUGUUGGGGAAACAAUAGGACAGGAAAAAGGGGGAGGGGGAGAGGCAAAGACAAGCAACAUACCCUGCACCAAUAAUGGGCACAGGGUGACCAAAACACAAAAGGAAUCUGGGGACCCACACAUAGUGUCUGCCUUCCAUCACCAGUGACGGUGACUACCGUCACACCUCUUUCAGCAGGAUAGUGCACCCUGCCAUGCUGCAAAAAUAUAGGAACCUAACAAUAAGUUCAAUAUGUUCCCAUGGCCUCCAAAUUCCCCAGAUCUCAAUCCGAUUGAGCAUCUGUAAGAUGUGCUGGUACAAAAAAUCCAAUUCAUGGAGGCCCUGCUUCGCAAGUUGCAGGACCUAAAGGAUCUGCUGCUAAAGUCUUGGUGCCAUAUACCACAGGACACAUUCAGAGAUCUUGUGGAGUCCAUGACUCGACGCAUUUGAACUGUUUAAGCAGUACGACGGGGAUCUACACAAUAUUAGGCAGGUGGUUUUAAUGUUGUGGCUGAUCAGUGUAGGUGGGGGAGAUGGUGAUCAAAAAGACACAUAUAGGGAAACAUAUCACCCUCACUUAUGUCUUCCUUACUUUUUUCUAUUUUGCCUUAUUCCCCUAUCCCCUUGCAAGACUCUACAACCCUCUGUGUGUCUUUUAACUCCUAACCCCAUCGCCUACCUUUUACCCCCUCUACAUUCUUCCUUACCCCUGUAUCCUUUAAUUAACAUUGCCUUUUUUAUACAUUCUCUGCAACAAAUUUCUUUAGCAGUGCUGAGAUCCAUUUCCAUUUAGGCGUAACUGACUCUCUGGUACUUUAUUCUAGCAGUAAUCAUUUUACAUGUGUAGGGAGUAAUUAUGUCACAGUUGUACUACUUUACCAGCAGUGAUAAUUGUGUACUUCUUUUCAACUGUUUUCAUAAUGGAUUUCUCUGUCUCUAGGUUGUUGUUCUAGCAAGAGUUAUUGUCGAUAUGGAUCAAGUCUCACUGUCUGCCAGAGGUGUUACCAUAUUGACAGAGCUCCUGAACUCAAACAAUUCAGCAACUCUUAUAUUAGCCGGUAAGACAUUUUAUAUAUCUAGGGAAAUAGCCCAAUCACAACACAGGUGUGAAAGGCCCCACUGAACGAUCUUUUCUCACUGUUCCCUUGAAACAAAUUAAUUGCAAUGGUUAGAAAAAGGGCAACUUUUCCUUUCACACAACACCCGAAACACAGCUAUCAAAAUGACUAUAUAGGGGUAUCUGAAUGUGGGCCAGGGAACAAGUUGUGUAAGCCGCCAGGAUUGCUCCAUUCAUCACAUCCCUUCUGGCCAGGAUUUCUCAACCUUGCUGCCUGCAUGCACGUUGUCCUGCAUGGAUCUCUUGUAAAGAUUAAGUGUAUUUCUGCACGAAUCGUUACAUUUUUGCUGCUGUGUCCCUUGUUAUUAAAGGACCACUCUAGGCACCCAGACCACUUCAGCUUAAUGAAGUGGUCUGGGUGCCAGGUCCUUCUAGGGUUAACCCAUUUUUUCAUAAUUAUAGCAGUUUCAGAGAAACUGCUAUAAUUAUGAAUGGGUUAAGCCUUCCCCCUAAUCCUCUAGUGGCUGUCUCAUUGACAGCCACUAGAGGCGCUUGCGUGCUUCUCACUGUAAUUUUCACAGUGAGAGCACGCCAGCGUCCAUAGGAAAGCAUUGUAAAUGCUUUCCUAUGAGACCGGCUGAAUGCGCGCGCAGCUCUUGCCGCGCGUGCGCAUUCAGCCGGCGGGGCGUAACGGAGGCGGAGAGGAGGAGGAGAGCUCUCCGCCCAGCGCGCUGGAAAAAGGUACGUUUUUACCCCUUUCUCCCUUCCAGAGCCGGGCGGAAGGGGGACCCUGAGGGUGGGGGCACCCUCAGGGCACUAUAGUGCCAGGAAAACGAGUAUGUUUUCCUGGCACUAUAGUGGUCCUUUAAUGCACAUUGCACGUUUGUGAAAAUCACUGACGAUUACUUUGUUUGGUAAAUUGCUUGUUCUCUGCCCUGUUUGUGCUUUUGCAGUUUUUGUUUUUUAUAUCUUGUAUCUUGUAAUGAAGGUGCAUAAGUGGUGAAUUUUAGUGUGAUAACACGAGUGCGCUCAUAUUCACAGCACUAUAACAUUUAGCAGCAUGGGUGCUAUGCAAAGGGACAAAUCUACCCGUGAAGGGAUCCUGAGGUUCAGCCCUUAAAGCCCUCCCGCUCAGCACCUCCAAUGUCUUGAAAAGCAAAACAUUCAGUUUGAUUAUUGUGUUGUGCCACUUUAUAGUCAUAUAUUAAGAAAAAUCAGACUCAUCUUUUAUACUGCAUUCUAAAUUCUAAACUAAAUGAGCAAACAGAAGACCACACAUAAGAAAAACAUGCAUUCAAAAUUAUGCAUUUUUUUUUAUUGCAGUUUAUCUUUGUAAAACCUCCCUUUCCUUCAGACUUACUGUGGCUGUCCAAUAUUUAUGCAGCCUAAUAAGAAGUCAUUUUAAUGUAAGGAUUUCGGUGUAGAGAUACUUGGCUCUUUUAUUUGACAAUCUAAAACAAUGUUUACAUUUCUAGCAAAAACACGCCCCUGGCAGACAGCCACUAGAGGCCUUUACUCCUUAACACUCCGAGUAGCAGAGCUACUAGAGUUCCUGUAGUGUCCCUACAUUCCCCACAAUGUGAACUACUGAGAAAAUGCAGUGUUUACAUUGCAUUUUUCGGGACACCUCUAGAAGCUGAAACUCAGACAUCUACUAGAAGCACUUCCUUUCAUGGCCCUGCAAUCUUUGAAGAUGCCAAACACAACACUAGGAGAUGAAGAUUGGUGCAGUACAAUGAUUGCUGUGCAUGUAGUAACCCCAAUGCUUUUUUUAUGGUUGGGAGACUGAUGCAGUGUGGGAUAAAAACUGAGUAAAUCUUAUUGAUUGAACUUUUCAGGGGGGAGCAAUAAUGUUAAUAGUUAGAAAAAUUAACAUUAGAAAUACAUGUUUGUAUUUCUAACAUUACAGUGUUUCUUUAAGAUCCUUCUAUACCUCUAUCUUCAUAGUAAAAAGCAUCUGAUGACACAGAGAUCAUUGAUCGAUGAUCUUGCAAAAGACGUAUUACGCUGCGGUUUGGACAUGUAUUCCUGACCCUAUAGAGUUAAAAACACUAUCUAGCCCCCCUGAUUCCCCCUAAAUAUACUAAAACCUUACCUUUAUUCCAGUCUGCUGGUGCUGGCUCUGCUCCUGAUCUGCCUCCUUGGCUUACAUAAUCAGACGUGAUGAUCCCAGCCAAUCACAAUGCUUUCCCAUGAACUCAGGCAAUUGGACGGGCCAGGGGCAGAGCCAAACGCCAUCCUGGCCAACCAGCAUCUCCUCAUAGAGAUGCAUUAAAUAAAUGUAAUACUAAGAGGAAAGUUCAGUGUCUCCAUGAAGCAGGUGGAUACACUGAAUGUUGUGUGCAGUACUGCCCCAUGAAGCACCUCUAGUAGCCAUCUGAUGAGUGGCCACACGGAUGUCCCUAGGCUGUAAUGUAAACACUGACUUUUUGGCAGUGUUUACUGCAAAAAGCCUGCAGGGACUGAUUGUACUCACCAGAACAAUUACAUCAAGCUGUAGUUGUUCUGGUGACUAUAGUGUCCAUUUAGGUGGUUAACAGGUUACUCCAACCAUCAUAACCACUACCAUGGGCGUAGGAACCCCCAAAAAUCUGGGGGGGAUAGCAUUUUUACUCACCGGGUAUAUUCUUAUUCCGUAAACUAUGAGUUGUUUAUCCCAUUGCAGCGCUACGGAAUUUGCAGUUGCUAUAUAAAUGAUUAAAUAAUAACUUUAAAGGGUCACUACAGGAAAGGGAUUUUACUUACCUGGAUACAGCGCCGGGAUUCUCCUGAUGCUGCGCCCCCUAUUUCGUCAAAAUAAUGAAAUAGGAGGGUGCGAGCAGGGAGCAAUAGAACGCUUCUGGUGCGCAUGCGCAGCUCUGCCGCACAUGCGCAGAUACUUCAUAGGGCGGCAUUCAUGUCUCCACUAGGAAGCACCUCUAGUGGCCAUCUGAGGGUCCACUGGAGGUAUUCCUCAUCAGUAAUGUAAAUACUGCCUUUUUACGAAAUGGCUGUGCUUACAUUAAAAAGCCUGCAAAGACAUGCUAUAGACACCAGAACUACUACGUUUAGCUGUUGUGGUUCUGGUGACUAUAGUGUCCCUUGAAUAUAGAGAGGAAAAAAGAAUCAUCACAAAUGUAAGAAAUAAAAUGUCUGUAUCAUUAUUCUAAAAAUUAUUUUAAAAAAAUAAAAAAUAUGCACAUUCCUAGCUUAAUUUUUAGCACGACAUAUGACACAAACAUUUUGUACUUUGCAGAUUACUUUUUAUAUUUUUUAUACAUAUACAGAUUGUGUAAUACUGCCCCUGACUUAGGGUGACCACAUUUCCUAACUGCCAUUCAGUGACACUUUCAGAAAUGCAUUCCAUACAUUUUACUACCCGUCUCUACCCCUUCCAUUUAUAUUAGAACCCCUUUCCAUGUAAAUUAGAGAUUAGUGCCACGAAUAAUAUGCUAGAUUGCCUACUUACAACCAGAUGAGGAUGAUGAUGGGCUCUAGCUGCAGUCUGGCUCCACUGGUCUGGUGUAGAACAGGCUCUCUAGAGGCUGUUUGUAACUGUGGUCACAAAAAUCAAUGUUCUGGGAGAACGGGAAGCAGCUCCAUUUUUUGGGGGCCCUUUACACAGCUCAAGGUCUGGGUCCCAGGGUCCACCUUCAUGUUCCACCAAUGAGUUUGUUCACAGGGGGUGGAGUGUGUAGGGGAUGUCCUGAUAUGUGUGUAAGGAAUGCAUUGUGUGAAUCUGUGUUUGUAUGUGUAAGGGCUGCAAGGUGUGUUUCUGUGUAUGUACGGGAUGCAGUGUGUGCGUCUGUAAGGGGUGCAUUUAGUGUGUGUAAGGAAUGCAUUGUGUGUUUCUGUGUAAGGUUUGCAUGAUUGUGCGAUUGUGUGUGUGUGUGAUGGAUGUCAAUCUCUCCCCCUCCCUCCCUCCCUCGUUACUCUUUCUCCCCCUCCCUCGUCACUCUCUCUCCCCCUCCCUCACUUGUCACUCUUUCUCCCCCUCCCUCUCGUCACUCUUUCCCCCCUCCCUUGUCACUGACUACUCUCAGCCAAUGUCUGUCAUCCAGUGCUGUAAAAGUUGCACAUAAUUGACAUUGGCCAACCCUGAACUCUAGUUCCGCGCUGGCUGAUGACACCUGUAUUACAACUCCGGCAGCAGAGUGGUUAAUCUCUGUAUUUGCAGCGUUUUGCUUUAAAACUCUGCACAUACAGAUUACAGGCAUCAUAACCACUUUAAAUUAUUUAAGUGGUCAUGGUACUUGGAGUGAUCUUUUAGAAUACUAAGCCUAAAGCCCAACCUACUAAGGAAAAUGCCUGACUUUAAAAAAGUUUGUGUUUCUUAUAUUUAUAAUAGGUAGCUAAAUCAAUGGCUCACUAAUUUUAAAGGGACUUAAAUCAUGGAUGACAAGAUUCUCUACUAAUAAUUAAAAAGUUAGUUUAAUCCAUACAUGAUGUCCAUUUAUGGCAGCCAUCUUGGAUGGGGCAGAUGCAGUUAUUUAUGUUUUAAUAUAUAUAUAUAUUUGUUGGAACACGUAACAGUGUAUGGAUUAAAUUAUCACUCUAAUGACAGGGAAAGCAUCUCACAAGAAACAGCGAGCACACUCUGUGCUUUUACCAUCUUUGUUAUAUCCCUAUUGAGCAAAUAAAAGUUUAUCCAUUUGAUUUAAAUUAACUUUUUAAAGCAUUUGAUAGCACAAUUUACAAAUUAAACUAGUAGUGCUGCAAAAUAGGUAUCUUACCAUACUUCUAAACAUAUCCACUUGAUCUAUAAAAAGCUUGCAGGAUUAGCGGGUCAUUGUGGAAUUUAAAUUUUAGGUGGUUAAAAUGUAGUUUCUCUUGUAAUUUGCAGGAGAGUUAAUUGCAAGUUUAGCUCACACCCGAGCAGGCAUUCCUGAAGCAAUAACCACACUUGGAACUGUGGAGAGCCUUUGCAAACUUUUAAACUCAGAAGAGGAGGAGGUAAGGAAGAUAAAGUAUUGACAACUAUAUGCAAUAUCUUGGUCAGAAGACGUACUGAUCUGGCUAUGUUCUUAUGCUUUACGCUUGUUUGAGUAAAUUCUUCAUUACUUACGAGUGUGUUUCUUCAGUUUGCACCUCUUCAGUAACUUUUUUUCUUAGCUUGCCCCAUGCAAGCUCACUGGCACAAUCUUAUACAAAAUGUAUUUUUUUCAAGCAAAGAAGGGACACUAUGGCAGUCACUAAAACAACUUUAGCUUAAUGAAAGUUUCUGUGUAUAGAUCAUGCCUUUGACGUUUCACUGUUCAAUUUUCUGCCAUUUAGGAGUUAAAUCACUUUUGUUUCUGUUUAUGCAGCCCUAACCACACAUCCCCUGGCUGUGACUGAGACAGCCUACAUGAAAAAAAAAUUGUUUCACCUUCAAUCAUAUGUCACUUACUUUAAAAGUUUUUAUUUCCUGCUCUGUAAAUUGAACUUUAAUCACAUUCAGGAGGCUCCUGCAGAGUCUAGCAAGCUAUUGACAGAGCAGAAUAAUUUGCAAUAAAGGAAGUGUAAACUUUAGAUGACUUUUUACAGGAAGUGUUUAAGAAGGCUGUGGAAGUCACAUGCAAGGAGGUGUGACUAGAGCUGCAUAACAAAGUGAUUUAACUCCUAAAUGGCAGAGAAUUGAACAGUGAUACUACUUGGGCUUGAUCUAUAUACCAAAAGUGAUUCAUUAAGCUGUGACUAUACUGUCCCUUUAAAUCGUCACAGCAACUAUAAUGUAUUUAUUUGUAAUUCAGCCUUGUUUCUCUGCAUCACUUAGUGAUAUAUUUUCUUAUUUCAUAAAGGUUCGUAUAUCUAGUGCAAAUGCAUUGGGGUAUUUGACCUUCAAUCGGACUGCAUAUCGCCAUCUGCUAGUGGAAUGUAGGAACAAACCAAACCUGUAUAACGUACUGAUUGGUAACCUUAGCAAAGAUGCCAAAAUCUCCUAUCAAUUUACAGAGGAAUUUACAAUGCAACAACAUAUAGGAUUGCCCUCACUCAGGUAUGGUGUAAUACAUGAGAGCAAAGUGUUUUAGCGUAAUUACUAAUCUAAAUGAUAAAUAAUUCUAUUUACAGUGACAGCCCAGCUCCCAAGCCAGUGCUAGCCAUUUACAUCACAUAAAAAUGUUACUGGCAUAUCUGUGAAAAAAAUGCUGAUAUGUGUAGUUAGAACACAUACAUUAUAGCUGCUCGUGAAAAAAAAAAAUGGCAUCAUAUACAAAAUUUCCAGCUAGUGGCCCACCCUUAAUUUGCCCAGAAGUUUCCUAGAACUGGCUUUUUUUCCCAAAAGUUGGCCACCACACAUAGGUGGUACAAACCUGGAUUGGACAAGAGCUGAAAAGCUGAAAAUCGAGUUCAGAACACAGAAUGCAAAAUAUUUGUUCAAAUGGCUGAAAGUAUAUUGUAGUGUGUCUUUAAUAGGUGUUCUAAUACAUUCUAAUAAGAAUAUCACUUAUAUUCUAUGCUGUAAUUAACAUAUGUGAAUGUUUCUUCUCCAUAGCUUAGUUAUAAAUGGGGGACCUCCUGUGAAUCCUUCAUCGUGGAAAGGUAAAAUCACCAUAAUUUGUUCCUUAUUCUGUUCAGAGGUAAAAAAACAAGAUCAACAAUACCUGCAGUUGCUAUAUGUAAUAUAUAUAUUUAUUACAAAAGAGCUUUACGGAGUAAUAUAGAAACCAAUGGCAAUGUGUCCUAUUUUGUGAAUUUCUCUCAAUUAUUUCACAGUAUUUCCACUUUAAAGCAAUAUAUAUAUAUAUAUAUAUAUAUAUAUAUAUAUAUAUAUAUAUAGCCUUAUGAGGUUUAGUGCAAACAUUCAGCAUGUCCUUGGACACCAUAUCAACUGCAGUAUGUGAAUGAGAUUUAGAUAUUUAUAAGCAUAGUUUGCAAUGACAAUUAAAAACCAAAUGGCCCAUCUAGUCUGCCUGUUUAACAGAACCUAAGCCAGAAUUGCAGGAUAAUAAAUGUGUGAGGUCGGGAGUAAUUAUUUGCAAGAAUUAGUCAUUCGAAUUACUAACUGGAUUUUCUUACUUGACAUUUUUAAAAGAAAUUCUAUAAUUACAAUAUACAUAGCAAAUGGCACAAUUGGAAAUCUAAUCUUUGAAGAAGGGUAUCUGCAAUCUUGGGAGCCACAUAUUAAAAUGGAAAUGAAUGAGGGCUUAUAAUAUCAGAACGCAGGUCAUGCAGUUCAAGGCAUGAGCCAAGAAAGAGAAUGUGCCAAUUGAGCUGUGUAAUAAUAGAUUAAAAGGUUAUGGAGGCCCAAGCCGUCCACUGUUGAUCUUUAAAGUAAACAUUGUGCCAUAUUUAGGAAUCAGCCGCAGUUGAAAGACCCUCCAAUACUUUCUAAGUCAGUUAGAGGGGUAGAGUUUAAAAUAAAUACAAUAACCUAGGAAGGAUAUUCAUCUUAACACCGUGACUGCUAACUUUCCCGGAGAUUGCGCAUCUCAAAGUUCAUGUAGACAAAAUCUGUCAAGCUCCACCAUCAAAUAUGCACACAUGUAGUUAUAGUAUUGUGGAGCUAAUUGAACCAGAGAUGUAACAUUGACAAAUGAUUAAUUAUUCAGAGGCAUGGUCCCAGACUAGCCUAAAAAAAUGGAAAUCUGGCAACAGCAUGAAUUUAAUAAAUUGAAACAAGUGUGAAAUGGAAUCAAGCAAAUUACACAGUGAGCCACAAUAUAUUAUGCAUAAGUAGAGAUUUAUUUCCAUCUUUAGUUAAGUCUCCAGUUCUGCUUCAUUAAGCAUUAAACAGAUAUUCCAGGAAGAUGGCAAGGUGUAGUGAAAUAACAGGCACCCAAGCCAGUGGCGUACACACAAUCCAUGGGGCCCUGGUGCGAAACUGAUCUGUGGGGCCCCCCUCCAACCCCCCCCCCCUUCCCUGACCAUCCCCUCUCUACCCCCGACACAUACAUACAGACACAAACUACCACCCCGACAGACACAUACAUGCAAAGACACACACAUACAUACAGAGACACAGUGUAGCGGAGAGGCAGUAUAAUCUACAGUAUCUCCAAGGGUAGACAAGUACAGCAUACAGAAAUCCAGGUAGCGUGAUAAUAAUCCCAUUCACCCAAGAACUAGACAACACAUAGUCUGGGAGUCAACUGAGCUUUUAUUCACAGGUUACAGUAUUUAUGCGGUUCCCCAUGCAAGGAGUUUCCAAAGUGACCUUGCAUGGGUUGUCCAGUAGUGGACUUCUUGGGGGACUUAGCUUACAGGCUGAUUUCCCAUCAUGCACUGCUGUACUAGAGAGAUAAUCACCCCAGAAUGCACUGUUAGUUGAAUUAUCUCUCCAUACAGCAGAAUAUGACUUUACCGAAAAAUACAUAACUUCAACACCAUUCGUUACAUAUAACCGAAUGACACCUUGUUAAUUGGUGGGAUCUCACCAUCUGGUGAAAUACCGCUCAGAUCCCUGCACAAUUAACCGAACGCCAUACGAAAUAUAGUUUAAUAUGAACACACAUGGAAAUGCACGAAUGGACUGGUUAUAUGAAAAUACCGAAAUAAUUAUUCUCCCUAACGGUAUGGAAGUCCAGCGGUGUUUGUGACGUCGAGUAACCGAUUUUAGUUCCAGGCACUCGACGACCAAACACCGCUGGGCUGAAGUGAUCAAAGAUGGCCGCCGCCGCGUGUUCGGUACACGAACGGCAAUCACCUGGAAACCUAUUAACAAGUGGUGGAUACAUUGUUGCCAGAAUUAAUGGGAGACACACGACCCUAUUUGUGUGGUCUCCCAUUCGGUACUUUGUUCGUUUCACGAACAGAGUUGAAAUACACUGUUCGUGAAAAUGCCAUAUGAAUGCUGGCGGUUUUCGUGCCGCCAGCAUACGAAUGCUAUCUAGUACAUUGUAACGGAUCACCUGGCACCCCGACUGGGUACCUCCGUUGAAAGAUGCUCCUAGCGCUUCCAGAGGACUCCAAGCACUCCACCAGACACCAUAAGCACCGCAGGCUGCAGCUAUCUCCCUUCAGAACGAAGCAGGAACAAGCUCUUACAAGAGCUCAGUGAUUAUAGCAAGGGAAUAUGCCUAGCAUAGCAAUCCCUUGUAGCAGAUUCCCCCAAUAAGAGACAGGACUCAAGUUGAGGGUAAAAAUAGAACUCAGGUGCUGGCACACCCAGCCUGGUUUUUAUUACAGUCUUGCAAAUACAGGACCGCCCACAGGGAGGUAUAAAACAACCAAUCACAUCACAGUUACAUCCCACAUAUUCCCUCCCCUUAUCCUGAGAGGAAACUCAAUUAUACAUACAGUUAAAACAUACUUUCUACCCAACUUUCAUAACUCUAAAACCAUACAUCACAUUCACAUAAAAUUACAUAUUCACAAUCAAUCCAUUCAGGGGAACAACAUAUUCAAAAAUGGCACAAAUCAGACAAGGGGUUCAAAAGUUAGUAAAAAGUCCUUUGUGACUAAAUGAAGCAUGGCUUUCUGGCCCAAACCAGUUUCAGAGUCUUCUAUCCUGGAGAUAAGUAAUUCAAUUAUCUCCCAGGACAGACACAAGACUCCAUUAAGCACAUGGUUGCAAAAAGACACAAAACACUUUAAAAUACAUAAAGUCACCUUUUACACAUAACACACAGACAUUUCACAUAUCCCCAGAUAGCUGGGAUCUGAGUGCACAUUAUUAGAUGAAUGGCACUCAGAUCACACAAAUAAGCCUUUCUGCAGGGGAAAUAAACGGUUUAACCUGCAGGGCCAUAGUCCAAAGGGAGCAGGCGAGCAACCAGGCUUCUCCAGUUCACAGUGGCGAGGUUGGUUUCGCCACACUUCUCCCCUUUACCAACUAGACUAACAGGGUAUCUGACCUCCUGCCGGUCAGUGCCCUGGUUAGUCCAGCAACCCACCCACAAAACAGAAACAGCAGUACAGCCCACCCACAAUAACUGGUUACUACACCUGGGUAGAGGAGAACUUUGUCCAUGUCCAGGUGCCUCACCACGACUGUGUGGGCAACUGUUAGGCUGCCUUGGUGGGUUGCUGAGUGGGCAGAGACCAGCGGUACUCUGCCCUGAUGCCAGUGCUACCACGGAAGUAGCCUGGUGGGAGCCUGGUUGUGGGAGGGAGAGACCGACUGUCUCCCCUCUGGAUACACCGCUCUGUGGCUGGGGAACAGGACCGACUGUCCCUACCCCUUGUGCUGUAAGUGCAGAGACUACAGUCCCAUUUGCACUGUUGGGGGGUGUAACAUCUCCCCUUGCUGGGUUAGGCUGCCGCUGGAGAGAGGGUGUAACAAGCUCCUCUCUCUGAACUGUAAACUGCCGCUGGGGAGAAGGGGUAUCAGGCUCCUCUCCCUGACACUCUCUCUGCUGGUGGAGAGGGGGACCAGCUGUCUCCCCUUUCAUUAUUUUGUCCUGUGGUUGGGGUGCGAGACUGACGGUCUCUGCUCCCUGCAGGACACUCUGCCGCUGGGGAGGAAGGACGGCACCUUCAGCUCCCUGGGGUACACACUGCCGCUGGGGAGGAAGGACUGCACCUUCAGCUCCCUGGGAUACACACUGCCGCUGGGGAGGAAGGACUGAACCUUCAGCUCCCUGGGAUACACACUGCCGCUGGGGAGGAAGGACUGCACCUUCAGCUCCCUGGGUACACACUGCCGCUGGGGAGGAAGGACUGCACCUUCAGCUCCCUGGGAUACACACUGCCGCUGGGGAGGAAGGACGGCACCUUCAGCUCCCUGGGGUACACACUGCCGCUGGGGAGGAAGGACGGCACCUUCAGCUCCCUGGGGUACACACUGCCGCUGGGGAGGAAGGACGCACCUUCAGCUCCCUGGGGUACACACUGCCGCUGGGGAGGAAGGACGCACCUUCAGCUCCCUGGGGUACACACACUGCCGCUGGGGAGGAAGGACGCACCUCAGCUCCCUGGGUACACACUGCCGCUGGGGAGGAAGGACACCUUCAGCUCCCUGGGGUACACACUUCCGCUGGGAGUGAAGUACUGCACCUCAGCCCCCUGGGACACACACUGAGCUGGGAGGGACCUGCACCCCAGCUCCCCUGAUACUGCAGGAAGGACGGCACCUUCAGCUCCCUGGGAUACACACUGCCGCUGGGGAGGAAGGACUGCACCUUCAGCUCCCUGGGAUACACACUGCCGCUGGGGAGGAAGGACUGCACCUUCAGCUCCCUGGGAUACACACUGCCGCUGGGGAGGAAGGACUGCACCUUCUGCUCCCUGGGAUACACACUGCCGCUGGGGAGGAAGGACGGUACCUUCAGCUCCCUGGGAUACACACUGCCGCUGGGGAGGAAGGACGGCACCUUCAGCUCCCUGGGAUACACACUGCCGCUGGGGAGGAAGGACGGCACCUUCUGCUCCCUGGGGUACACCUAUGAGUCCCCGUAACGCACUCUGCCUCCGGAUAGGGCGGCUGAUACCUUUGGCUGGAUCUGCCAUGAACUCCAGGUACUCGUCUACCUGGCUCCUUACGAACUGCACGUAUUUCUCCGGGGGGUUGGGUCCAAAGAAAGCCAGCCGCAUGGUAAACUCUCUGUCAUACUGCUCCUGAGUGUAGCUGGGUGCCAUGCUUGCGCUGCUGAAGUUAGUUCUUUUGUAGAUAGGGUCGCUGUACGGGUACUGGCGUUGCCCUCACUUUGUAAAUCCACGAACUGUGUCUCCGAGCUGCUUUACCUCGCACUAGGACGCCAUCCCACCGCUUGCCACCAAUGUAACGGAUCACCUGGCACCCCGACUGGGUACCUCCGUUGAAAGAUGCUCCUAGCGCUUCCAGAGGACUCCAAGCACUCCACCAGACACCAUAAGCACCGCAGGCUGCAGCUAUCUCCCUUCAGAACGAAGCAGGAACAAGCUCUUACAAGAGCUCAGUGAUUAUAGCAAGGGAAUAUGCCUAGCAUAGCAAUCCCUUGUAGCAGAUUCCCCCAAUAAGAGACAGGACUCAAGUUGAGGGUAAAAAUAGAACUCAGGUGCUGGCACACCCAGCCUGGUUUUUAUUACAGUCUUGCAAAUACAGGACCGCCCACAGGGAGGUAUAAAACAACCAAUCACAUCACAGUUACAUCCCACAUAUUCCCUCCCCUUAUCCUGAGAGGAAACUCAAUUACACAUACAGUUAAAACAUACUUUCUACCCAACUUUCAUAACUCUAAAACCAUACAUCACAUUCACAUAAAAUUACAUAUUCACAAUCAAUCCAUUCAGGGGAACAACAUAUUCAAAAAUGGCACAAAUCAGACAAGGGGUUCAAAAGUUAGUAAAAAGUCCUUUGUGACUAAAUGAAGCAUGGCUUUCUGGCCCAAACCAGUUUCAGAGUCUUCUAUCCUGGAGAUAAGUAAUUCAAUUAUCUCCCAGGACAGACACAAGACUCCAUUAAGCACAUGGUUGCAAAAAGACACAAAACACUUUAAAAUACAUAAAGUCACAUUUACACAUAACACACAGACAUUUCACAUAUCCCCAGAUAGCUGGGAUCUGAGUGCACAUUAUUAGAUGAAUGGCACUCAGAUCACACAAAUAAGCCUUUCUGCAGGGGAAAUAAACGGUUUAACCUGCAGGGCCAUAGUCCAAAGGGAGCAGGCGAGCAACCAGGCUUCUCCAGUUCACAGUGGCGAGGUUGGUUUCGCCACAUACAUACAAACCAGGAUAUAACAUACGGUUACACACAUAUCGCUUGGAGACAACCCUUACAUAUAACAUAGUCUUAAGUGGCCAGGUUUGCCACACACAGACACACACACACACAUACAUACACACAUACAGAGACACAGACACGCAUACAUACAGACACACACACACACAUACAUACAGAUACACAAACACACAUACAUACACACAUACAGAGACACAGACAUACAUACAUUGACACACACAUACAUUCACACAUACAGAGACACACACAUAUAUACAGAGACACAUACACACAUACAUACAGAUACACAGACAUACAGAGACACAGACACACAUGCAUAUAGAUACACACACACACACACAAAUACAUAAACACACACAGAGACACAAAAUGUUUCCUACUUUUUGUGACUUUCCCUGGGGUCCAGUGGUGGCUCAGCCUGAUGGGAGUCAGAGUUCCCACUCUGACUCCCUCCUCCUUUCUCCCGCGCAGGCUCUCUGUAUGCUGGGAGGAGUGACUGGGGAGUCACUUCCUCCCAGCAGUGAUGUCAUCACAGGGGGCCCGGUCACGCUGUUAAAGCGCCCAGCGCUGACCGGGCACCCUGACAAUCCAUGUCCAUCGGGUGGCCCUGACAGCAUGGGCCGCCCAAUGGACCUCUUAACAUGCGGCCCCGGCGGACCUCUUAGCAGCUGCGACCGCGGUAUGUAUGCCACUGACCCAAGUUAGGGCAAUAUAAUAUACACUGAUCAGCAACAACAUUAAAACCACUGACAGGUGAAGUAAAUAUCAUUGAUUAUAUUGUUACAAAGGCACCUGUCAAGGGAGGGAUAUAUUAGGCAGCACAUGAACAGUCAGUACUUGAAUUCAUGUGUUGGAAGCAGGAAAAAUGGUCAAGAAAAGAUCUGAGCGACUUUGAUAAGGGUCAAAUAGUGAUGGCUUCAAAAGGGCAAGACUUCUGGAGUGUUUCUGGUAUGCAGUGGUUAGUACCUACCAAAAGUGGGGCGAGGAAGGACAACCAGUGAACCGGUGUCAGGGUCAUGGGCACCCAAGGCUAAUUGAUGCACAUGGGAACAAAAUCUAGCCCGUCUGGCCCGAUCAUACAGAAGAUCUGUGUAGCCACGGACUGCUCAGAGUAUCCAUGAUACCAAAAGCACCUUUAAUGGGGACAUGAGCGUCAGCACUGGACCAUGGAGCAAUGGAAGAAGGUGGAUGGCCAGGGUGCAUGUGCGUUGUUUACCUGGGAAAGAGAUGGCAGCACGAUGCAUUAUGGAAAGAAGGCAGGUUGGCGGAGGUAUUAGUGUUAUGCACUGGGCAAUGUUCAGCUUCGACUAGUACCACCUACCUAGAGAUUGUUGCAGACUACCAAUGUUGUUGUCUGAUGGCAGUGGUCUCUUUCAGCAGGAUAAUGCACCAUGUCACAUUGCAAAAAAUGUUCAGAAAUGGUUUGUGGAACAUUCCAAAGAGUAAUUCCUUGGCCUCCAUAUUCCCCAGAUCUCAAUCCAAAUGAGCAUCUGUGGGACGUGCUAGAAAAACAAAUCCCUGGAGGCCUCACCUCGCUACUUAAAGAAUCUGCUACUAAUGUCUUGGCACCAGAUACCACAGGACACAUUCCGGAGUCUAUGCCUCUAUGCACCAAUGCUGUUUUUGCAGCACAAGCGGGACCUACACAAUAGUAGGCAGGUGGUCUUAAUGUUGUGGCUGAUCAUUGUGCAUAUAUGAUUUAGAAGAUAAAAUCCAAUAACAGGUUUUUACAAACAGAUUGAUAGUGUGUUGGACUUCACUGAGCAUGUGAUCCUUUACAAAGUAAAAUCUACAAGUAGUUUUGUAAAGAUAUAAUUUAAGUUAAAAUAGAAGCUGAGCAUGGCUCAGUAGAGGUUUGUGUAGCUUUUUUUGUGAAUACUGCAUUUAAAAGGUCUGUAUGACCUUGAAUGAACACCACUUUGGAUCGAACGAGUUGUGAAAUAAAAUUAAUUAGUACAAAACUAAUCCUAUACAUAGUGCUUGAGAGAGUGUUGUAAUAUAUAAUAUAAUCACAUUACCUUCUUUCCCAGGUUUACCAGAGCAUCCCAAAAGGGCAAAAUCACAUGUUCACUGGAGAGAAGAUUCACGCUCCAGAUCUGCAAUAUUUAGUUCAUCACAGAAACCUCACACAGCCAACGCACACAAUCGUACAGUUACUAGCUUACCUACAUCACGCAUUCCAGCCGCUACAAGACCAAAGACUGCACAUCUGGGGAACACAAAACCUUUUCAAACAAAGAAGAUACCAAGCAAAAUAGCAUAGUAUUGGUCAAUACAUAGAAGUAUUCCGCUUACUGUGAACAAUUCCAUCUGUAACAAUAUUUCCUAUAGCACAAGACAGUGCUUGAGGUCCAUCAUUUCAGUUUAUGGAAAGUCCCAACCUCACUGCUGUCUAUUAUUCCACAUAUGACUUUUUGCCUAAAAAAUUUACUGUAUUUUUCUAUUGUAAAUAUAUAUUUUUGAGACUAAAUGCUAAUUUACAAUCUGGAAAAGGGGACUUAUGUCAAGUGUAGGGUAAUUUACAAUGUGCUAACCAAAUUGAUGCUUAGUUUAAUGUUUACAGGGCCAUUAAAGUAAUCUAUUACCACUGACAUGAAUGAAUCUCAAUGAAGUGGUCUGGGAGCAGUGGACUUUUAAUUUUAACCCUGCAAUAUAAAGCAUUGCUGUUUUGUAGCUACACCAACGCUUACAUUGUAAGGUUAAAUACACCUUUCAUGGCUGUCUACCUGACCGCCACUAGAGGCGCUUCUGCUGCAAGAACCAAAUCAAACACAGUUCUCUCAGCUAACCAUCUCAUAGAAGAACACCAGUGCUAACUGUGCAAGUGCAUUUCAUUCCCAAUGCUCUUAUGAGGAGCACUGGAUUGGACGAAAGAAGCGUUCGCUGGAGGUGGAUCAAGCAGCUCCCAGGACUCCAUCUCAGAGCUAAAAAAAAAAAAAAAAAAAAAGGUAAGUAUUGUGUUUUUUUUAUUUUUUAUUGAGGAUGGGGGAGGGCGGGAGGCUGAAUCUAAUAAAGAACACUAUUGCGUUUGGAACACAGCUGCCACAGGAAAAGCACUGGCAUACUAUGCAAUUGAGAAAAGUUGCUUGAAGAACUUCCAGCUCCCCUAAUACAAUCUGAAUUUUUAGUAGGUUGCAAGGGCUCUGAUUUCAUAUGUGACUAUAACUUAUUUAACUUGUUAUGAUUACAUAGUUGCCCAUGUUAAACUAUGAC